GUCAUGUCUUCUUGGGGAACCGCAAUGCUUACUUUAUACAUACAUUGAAAGAGCUUGGGGCAGCUUUAUUAAGUGAUGCAUUACUUUAAAUAAGUUAAAGCCUAAGCAUAAAUGGGCCUGUAGUAACAUCAAAUUGGGUCCCCUGCACUUUUUUUUUUUUACUGCCUACCCCACCCAUAUCCCAUAUCCUUCUGGUCAGUUUGUGGCAUUUCAAGAAAGCCAGGUAGUUGCCAUUUUCUCUUAUUAGGUUCUCUCUCAUGCGCUACAGAUAUUUCCCUUGAAAAUGUAACUAUUCAGUGAUGAGAAACAUACUGUAUUGAAUGAAAAGCAAAAAUAUGAAUAUCCAGUGCUGUGGCAGGACCAGUAGAGGGAGCUCAAAUUACCAACACAUGUGAAUGGUUAAUAUAAUAAAUGUUGUUGCUUGCACAAGCAUUAAUAUAGACCAGGGGUCAGCAAAAUUUUUCAGCAGGUGGUCAGUCCACUGUCCCUCAGACCUUGUGAGGGCCCGGACUAUAUUUUGAAAAAAAUAAUAACGAAUUCCUGUGCCCCACAAAUAACCCAGAGAUGCAUUUUAAAUAAAAGGACACAUUUUACUCAUAUAAAAACACGCUGAUUCCUGGACCAUCCCCGGGCCUUAGUUUGCCUACCCAUGAUAUAGACAAAGUCUAUCAAAAGUCUGUCAAAAAGUCUGUUGGUUACUUUAAAGUUUAAAAGACUUAAGCAAACUUAAGAGAGUUAGAGAAUGAGAUUUCAACAUUCAAGAAAACAAACAAAAAAAAAUUAUUUGAGCUCGCCAGUUGCCCAAAAGAAUUCUCUGCAGCAUCAGUACCAUAAUUUGUUUUGGCUAUAAUGCCUUUGGCACUUCUGAGUUUUGUUUUCACAGAAAGUUUCCAGCAGAGGCAAUAAGGAAGCAGAAUCCGACUACAGUGUGAAAUUGCCACAUACAUAAUCUCUGCUUCACGCCCAUGCGACAGACUUGACCUAGUGGCUGGAAUGCAUUCAGAACAUCACAAGACUUAAGUUUGGACACACCCAUCAUUUUCCUUCCUCUGUUGCUACCACUCUGCUGCUUCUGAAUAAUAAUAAUAAAAAGACAGAUAAGUCUUCUUGUUGUUCUUCUUUUCCCCAGAAGUCCAAAAGGCCCCCCUUUUUUUCUCCACUCCGUUUAGCACAUGUCAUUUUCUUCACAGACAACAGUUGUAAAUGUUUUUAACAAGUUACAGGCCAUGCUCAUUCCUGUUCUUGGCUGUUUAUACUUUAUAAAAUCCUGUAAACUGUAUUUUAGUACCUUUUUCUUUUGUCCUCUGACAUUUUAGAGCAUACUAGAUUUUAAUUGUUUCUUACAUCAUCCCACUUUCUCUUGAAUCUGUUGUUUUAACCCCAACCAAAAGGAGCCAAAAGAACCCCAACCAAAUUUUGCUCACAUUCAUUCCUCAUUAUCUUUGUUUUUCUCCCUUCCUCAUCCCCAGUGUCAAAACGUAUAUUGCAAGCACCUUGGGGCUGAGACCUUUAUUUUCAAAACAUCAUUCUAUAGUGUGUUAUAUGCAUGAUGAUGUAUAAAUAACGUGGGCUAAAGACACAUUGUGAGGGUUACUGCAAUCCUAGCCACAUUUACCUUGGAAUAAUUAAACUCAGUGAUACCAUUUACAAAGGCAUGAGACCGGUCCUCUACCUGAUUACAUUUAGGCAGGCACCAAAAACAUUUUUCAUUCUGCUGGACUUUUAAUGGUUUUUAAUUUACUCGUUCCAUUUAGCUCAGUUGGUUAAGAGUGUGGUGCUGAUUACGCCAAGGUCAUGGGUUCAAUCCCCUUACAGACCACCUCCACUGAAAAAGGGUUGGACUGGAUGAUCCUUGGGGUCUCUUCCAAUUCUACAAUUCUUUGUAUUUUCCUUUUGGCAGCACCCUUUAAUUCCCAUCGGAGCAACUGGAGAAAGCAGAAGCCUAAAUGUUUUCAGACUUGAAUAUCUUAUUUUCUGAGUCGCCUGCAAAAAAUAUAUUAACAUACACAACAACAUAACACAUACACAAUUUGAAAAAUUCCUAUCUUGUUUUCUUCUUGGGAUCCCCUUGCAAGGGGUCAAAAGCCAGUAUAAAUAAGUUUUCAUUAUAUGCAAAGAAGCAUGCUUAGGAUUGCAUCUGAGGAAGUUGGGCUGUCGUGUCAUCAUCCUAAACGGUGCCACAACGCUCUUGUGACUCUUUAUGUGGAUGCAAACCUCCUUGAAUCCCUGUGGCGCUUGCGCCUGAAGAAAAAAGCCCGCCGGCUGGACCUGAGGAUGUCGGAGGAGGCCUAGCCUCCCACGUUGCCCUAUUUUCCCUCUCCCGACUCACUGACAGCGCCACGGCCACGCCCGGGUCCUGGGGCCCCGCCCAGUCCCACGCUCACCACACGUCAGUCAGCCUUAGCCCCGCCCCUCGCCCCAAUUCUUCGAAUGCUGAGGGGCGCCGGUGCCCCCGCCCACCGACAUACGUCACUGCCCCGCGCCCCCUCCCUCCACUCCGGCGCCGUGGGUGAGGUCAGUGCCGCGCGCCUGUCACCCAAGCUUCCCUCCUGUUCGCGCUGAGCUGUAAUCAAGGCCCCGCUGCAGAGGGAGGCAGGCGGGCGGGCGGUGCUGCUGCUCCUCCUCCUUUGCUGCUUCUUUCUCCUGCCAGGGGCUUUUCGCCUCCUCUCCGGCCGGCCCGGGCUGCCCUGCGCUGCGAGGCCAUGGAGCUGGCGGACGGCGUGGUGUACCAGGAGGACCCGGGCGGCCCCGGCCCGGCCAUGAUGUCGGAGCGGGUGUCGGGUCUGGCGGGCUCCAUCUACCGCGAGUUCGAGCGGCUCAUCGGGCGCUACGACGAGGAGGUGGUGGCCGAGCUGAUGCCGCUGGUGGUGGCCGUGCUGGAGAACCUGGACUCGGUUUGCGCGCACAGCCAGGAGACCAGCGUGGAGCUGGAGCUGCUGCGGGACGACAACGAGCAGCUCCUCACCCAGUACGAGCGGGAGAAGGCGCUGCGGAAGCAGGCCGAGGAGGUGAGUGAGGAGGAGGAGGAGGUGGGAAGGAGCGGGGCGGGGGGGGGGGCUGCUGCUGCUGCUGCUGCAGGGCCGCCAGGAAGGGUCCCAAGGGGAGGGGGUCCGCUUCCGCACGUGAGAGAGAAGAAGAAGAAAAAGAAAUGAGGAGGGGGAUGUGUAUGUGUUUUGGAGGAGUGGCGUCCGGGGGUGUUGGCGGGAUGGGAGGAUGAAAGUUUUGGGGAGGGAGAUGAGGCAACUUCGCUGGUGCAGGUUUGGGUGUGGCAGUUGGGGGACGACGACACAAAGAAGUGCAGUGGUACCUCGGGUUACAUACGCUUCAGGUCACAUACGCUUCAGGUUACAGACUCCGCUAACCCAGAAAUAUUACCUCGGCUUAAGAACUUUGCUUCAGGAUGAGAACAGAAAUCGCGCGGCAGCAACGGGAGGCCCCAUUAGCUAAAGUGGUGCUUCAGGUUAAGAACAGUUUCAGGUUAAGAACGGACCUCCGGAACGAAUUAAGUACUUAACCCGAGGUACCACUGUAGCAGCAUUGAGCCCCCAUGGAAGUGGCAUAUGUCAAUGCAAGUGGGGUGGAAGGAAGUGGACAUAAGUGGAAGGAAAACGCUGAGGGAGCAGGCUGACACAGUGACAGUAGUGUGAAGCUGCCAGGGUGGGACCUGCAGGAGAGCCUGGUGUGUUCCAUAACUCAGAGGAUAAAUGCUGUUGUGUGUGGAGCAGAGGGUGAUGUGGCAGGGCUUUAGUAUCUUGCCUGGGAGCUUCCUCACGGAAUUGGUUGGGCUGCUGUUAAACUCUAGAAUUCUGGCCAAGGUGAUUCUUACACUGUAGUAAUGCCUGGACUUCUGAAAGGUUCCUUGUAUUGUUUUCAACGCUCCCCUUCUCUGGGGCAGCAUGCUAACUUCCUUAGUGGGUAGCUGUCACAUGUUAAUCAUGCAACAUGAAGCCUAGAUAAAUGCCUAAGAUGUGGAUAGUCUGUACUCCCUGGAAUUGGACAGUGAUUGUCUUCAGGACUGAUGGAUGAAAAUGUCAGUUAAAGCAACAGGUGGUGUAACCAAAUAGUCCUUCACUGAAAAGUCAGCAUCUUAAACAUCAGUGGUGAGUGCCACAUUAUUUAUAUCACAUUUUAGACUUUAUUGCUACCGUAUCAUGUUAUUGCCUUUGUUACUUAUCAAAUUGUGCGCUUUUUAGAAAAUGGGUAGAUACCACCGUUCAUAAUAUUACUGAUUUUUGAAGAGCGUGUACAGUGGUAUCUACCCAAUUUCUAGAAAAGCUGAGAACAAGCAUAGUGUGAUCAGUGAUAAAAGCAAUAUAGUCCAUGCUUGGUAUAUUUCCUCUGCGUUGGGAAAGCAGCUAGGAAGGCAGAUUUUGACUGGACAUAGAGCAAGAAGUGAAAUGGUUAAGCAGACCACCUCACACAUCUCUUCUGUUCACAAUCUUCAAGGCUGCUUUUCAUUAAAACAACAACAAAACCAAAAUCAAACUUCAAGGGGAAGAAUCACACAACUGAGCAUCACGUGCAGGUUGGCCCUUUGAUGCUUUGAAUGCAUGGAGUUUAUUUAUUAAAGUAUUUUUUCCCCUCCUACUCUCCAGCCAAAAAAGGCUCCCAGAAUAGCUUUACAUAUCAUGAAAAAUACUGCCCUUGGCCUCAAAUGCACAGUCUAAUAAGACACAACACAAAAGGAAAACCAGGAGGGAGGAGGAAAUAAGCAAAGUCAGGUUCAAGUUCUGACAUAAAAGGUCUAAUGACCUACAGGAAUGGAAAAGUCCAAGGAGAGGAAGCACUUAAAGUGCAGGUUUCGCAGCUGGGCCAGUGGAGUAGCCAUGCAUCCCUUCUCUUUCAUCCUCUGCAUCCUAUUUACCUGAUGUAAAUACUGUUGCUAGGUAGAAAUUGAUGGCAGGAAGAGCCUGGCUUCUUAGCAGGACAGAUAGUGGCCUUGCAUCUUUUCUCCUCUCUCCCCUACAGCAGCCUGGCGUAGUGAUUGCUGGCAGGUGAUAAGUGCCAGGUUCAAUCCCUACAACACUUAGUUUAAAAUAUGAGCAGGACUGUGACCCUGCUCUGCUGAAACGCUGUUCGCAUGUGCUUUGUUUACUUAGAGUAACAGUUUAUACUAUUGCAAGCAGAAGUAAUCUUGGCUAUCACUGGUGUUGCUUUCAAUUUAGAAAAAAAAAUCUCUGAAUUGUGUACCAAGCGCCUGGUUAUUCUGUUUAAUACUGGUGCCUAGGGACAAGGAAUAUUUUUCUAGUGCAGUGUGUGGCUUUGAAUUGAAAAAUAAAUUGAAUGCCAUGGCAAUCAAUAAUAUGCUACAAUGUACCUGGAUCAAGGUAGGUAAGCUACACACAUUUUUAGUAUGCUUUUUGUACAUAGUAUAUGUACACCUCAGGUUUUACCUUUUAAUUAGCAAGUAACAUCUUUAUUACUAAGUGGUCAGUCCUUUAGGAUUAGGAUAUGGGAAUAAAGUUCCUGGCCCUGCCUGAUAUAUUUUUGUGUGUGACAAACCAGCUUCAUAAACAAAGAUGCUGUGUGGAGCAUAAAUUGUGAUUUAAAUAGAAAUUUCAGUGACAGCUAUUGGUUGCAUAUUACUUAUUGACUUGCUUUAAGUAAGGAUCCUCUCACUUAGAUUUUACUCAUCACUGCUAGUGUGUCAGACAUCCAAAUGUACACCAGGAGGCAAAGUAGCAACAUCACCUAUGCAUAGAUGCUGUUGCUGUAGUGUUUUCACUAUUUUGUUACUUUUGUAUUAAGUAUGUACCAUUUAGUAAUCAUGUAGAAGUUAGUUAUUAGGCCAUUAUGUAUUGCUCUCCAUAAAGUGAAUGGGUUUCUGUAGAUGCAUGCAAUGCUUGUUCAUGUGGCUUGGAAAGCAGCAAAAUCUAUUUAUACCUUGUUUGCACAUGCUUGGCUGACUGUACUGCAGGUGCAAAUGAAAAAAUGAACUUGUGUUUUCCAGUUAUGUUAAGCCAAAAUUUUAAAAUGUGGUCCUAAUGUAGAAAGUUAAUAUACUUGUAGAUGUCAUAAACAAAUGCCCAGGAUUGCCUCCUCUGAGUAAAAUUGUGCAACUUGUGAGACUUAGUUGAUUAUAGUUAAAUAUUUUGCUGUAAAAUAUUGGUGAUUUGUUGCUUACCCAUAGGACACGUCCAAGUAUAUGUUUUGCAUGUGGCAAGGUUCCUAGAUACACUUCAGGCAUUUUCAAGUAAAAUGGAUGUUGAAUAGUAGGCCUGGAAAAAAUGACUGCUUGAGACCUUAGAACUGUUAUGAAUGAAUAAAUUUUUAUCCUUCUCAAUGACAAAAACAGUCUUUGGGGAGCUUAACGAGAUAAAAAUUACAUAGAAUUAUAAAACCACAAUCAUAAAGUGUUUUAAUAUAGGAUAUAAAUCAGAAACAGAAAUAAAAACAAAUGCAUAGCAGCAUCUAAAGUUUCAGAUUUUAAACUAUAUCUUACCAGCUCUAUAGAUCAUUAAAUAUGUUAUUAAUAUUAAAAUCCUGAGAAAAUAAAAAUAUAAUGCUUACCUGCUACUGAAAAAGACCAGAGCAUAGGUGCCAAGAAAGCCCUUUUAGGGAAAGGGCAUUCCGCUACUUGACUGCCACCAUUAAAAAUACACUUAAUAAUAAUAAUAAUAAUAAUAAUAAUAAUAAAUUUAUACCCCAUCCAUCUAGCUGGGUUUCCCCAACCACUCUGGGCAGCUCACAACAUAUAUCAGAACAUACUAAAACAUCAAACAUUAAAAACUUCCCUAAACAGGGCUGCCUUCAGAUGUCUUCUAAAAGUCAGAUAGUUGUUUAUUUCCUUGACAACUGAAGGGAGGGUGUGAAAAAUGAAUGUAAUAUUUUAGCUGCAGUUCAUUCAUUUUCAGCUUUAUAUUCCUGUUAUAAAAAAGCGUGCCUAGACAUUCCAUUGUUGUGCCCAGAACCUAGGUUUAAGGUGCCAUUUGUAGCUCCUAGUUUUCAUAUCUCAGUUUCUAACACUGUCCAGGUCAUGAUGAAUGCAGGAAUAGCAGACCCAGGUUAGAUAGUCCAAAGAACUGCCUUGGUAUGAAGUAGCUUCAUAUGUUCAUGUAUGUUCUUGUUGAUGACUCUGAAUGUUGCUAUCACUUAACAUCACAUUUACUCCUGUAGGGUUUUUAUUUCUGCAAUGAAUUCAAAUUAAUCCUUCAGUAUAUCUGAAGGAGCGUCUCCACCCCCAUCGUUCUACCCGGACGCUGAGGUCCAGCACUGAGGGCCUUCUGGCGGUUCCCUCGCUGCGAGAAGCCAAGUUACAGGGAACCAGGCAGAGGGGCUUCUCAGUAGUGGCACCCGUCCUGUGGAACACCCUCCCACCAGAUGUCAAAGAGAACAACAACUACCAGACUUUUAGAAGACAUCUGAAGGCAGCCCUGUUUAGGGAAGCUUUAAAUGUUUGAUGUAUUACAGUAUUUUUAUAUUUUUAUACCCAGCCAGAUGGGCGGGGUAUAAAUAAAUUAUUAUUAUUAUUAUUAUUAUUAUUAUUAUAAAUUAAAGCAUCUGAAUUUCCCCCCUUUGAAUGCUUUAUGUCUGUACGUAGUGGUGAAGUGUGAGCAAAUAGAAAUACAUGUGUGCCUUUCUUUAAAAUAGCGAUGCCAAAGUAUCAGUCAUGAUGGUCUUUGCUUUUGUUCAGUGUUCCUUUCAUGCAUGUGGUGAUUUCUCAUAACUGAUAAGAGUUUUCAGAGAGUCAGGUAUAAUCUUGGUAUACUAGAAAGUUUCAGGAAAUGGAAGAAUCAAAUGACCAGCCAGAGGUUUGCAUGUGACUGCUAAGUAAUGACGUUGUUUUUCCAAAAUGAGCAUUCUGAAUAAUAACUUCAGUUGAAAAGGGAUCUUUAUAUCUAAGAUGUUCCAAAACAAAACAAAAAAAAAAUAGAUCUAGAUGCUCCUCCUUCUGUGUUUCCUGUGCCCUGCAGGUUUCUUUGAGUGGUGGUUUGCAUUGCUUAUGAAUCAUCUGACCAUUUGUUCCUUCCAGUGAUCCUGUAUUAGACACUCCUGUUUAUCUUCAAAUGUUUGGUUAUUUUAAGGGGUCUCUAGGGAUGAACGGGGUGUGUGGUAGAGUUAGCCUUGCUCCUCGUCUCCUUUCUCUCUUUAAAUCUCCUGAUAAUUGCGUAUUUUGUGCAAUCUGUGAAGGAUCCCCCACACACAUUCCUUGCUUCUUGGACUUCUUGGACAUAUGAAAGAGGGGGAGUGAGAGAAGGCGGACUACAAAGAAAUGACAAGCCUCUACCACUUCUGGCAAUUAACAAUGUUUGCAUUUGGAGGAUUGAAUCUUGGCUUUAGAAGCCAAGAUAUAAAUGCAUCUUCUGUACCCACAAGCACCUGCUUCACUUCCUCUUUUGGGUGCGUAGGAAAGCUGGCCAGGAAGCUUUUGAAGCCAUGGCUUAAUAUUCUGGCUUGCUCCAUGAUUAACCAUAGUUUUUCAGUCCCAAUGUAAUGGGAGGCUGUGGUUCACUGUGGCUUCCUGAUUUGUUCCCCUGCUUUCAGAAAGGGAGGGGUGCAGGGACUUUACGUGAAUCCUUGAUUUGAAGCCCCAAACCAUAGAAAGUGCCUAUUUAUUUUUAAGCAAGUUCAGUAUUGAGCCAUCACAACAUUGUGCUUUGAGAGGCUCUGAGAUGUUGUUCAGUGCAGGGAAAUAUAAAUCAGAAGCAUGUUAUGGAUGUCUCAGAGUGGCGUGGGCCUGCAUGGAACAACUAUUGCAAGUGAAGUCCUCCUUCUCCGCCUGCGGUUUGUUGGCAAACAACCCUCAUAAACCACUUUUACACACAGUUGUCUGGUACAGUAAUUGUGCGAUGGUUUUUUAUCUCAAGGUUGCCUGAAUAGUUAUUUGGUGUAUAUUUUACAAGUUUUUGGGGCCUAAUUGGUCUAGUACAUCCUUGAAUUAUGACAGUUUCCCUAACGGUUCUGCUGUUUUCGUAGGAGAGAGACUUGAAUGGCUACCAGCUUGUCAGUAAUGGAGUGGUAUGUUAAUACAAAUAGUAUUUAAAGGAGGUGGAGGCAAGAACUCAUUUAUUCUGUUAAAUUUCUUAAUUUCAGAAGAACACUUGAACUGAGAGUUGUUUACUCUGCAAUACCAAAAAUGAAGUGCUCUUAGAAAAGUAAAUACUGUAUGCCUUAACAAUGGCUUUUCUUUGUACAAAUAAUAUGUAUGAAGAAUUAAGAUAGUCCCAUGCCAGAAUGGUUCACAGUGUUAAAGACUCAAUGUAAAAUGAAUAAGGGAUAGCUAAGGGGGAACAGUCCACCUUACUUCUAAAUAAAAACUUUUUUUUUUCAGGUUAGCAAUUAUUCAGUUUCAGCGUGUACCUUUCAUGUUAGUUCUUACUUGUAGCUUCAGGUAAUUUUAUUGUGACCUGAAGUUAUGCAGCACUAAGGAAGUGUAGGAUCUAUUGCUUUUAUUGGUAUAGAGUGUGAUAAUGACAGGGUCAGAGGGAAGUAGGUGAUGUGAUAAGAGCUUUCGAUGAAGACUUUCAAGUAGUGUAGAACUACCUUCCUGGUUUGCCUUGCAAAUAGUUCUUUAUAACUAAUUCUUCUGUCGCUAGCCCAAAAUGAGUCAAGCAGACAUGUGCUGAGAGUACUUCUUAGUGUCUUAUGUAUACAGCUAUGUUGUAUGAAUUGUUCAUAUGGUGAUUCAUGGAUACAGAUUUCUGUUCUCAUCCUGAAGUAAAGUUCUUAACCCGAGGUACUGUUUCUGGGUUAGGAGACUCUGUAACCUGAAGUAUCUGUAACCUGAAGCGUCUGUAACCCGAGGUACCACUGUACAAGUAGCACCAAAUCUGAAAAUACUUCUAAAAUAGCUGAAUAAAUGGUCUCAAUUGCUCAAUUGUAGACUAACAUGUGAAAGCCUUUCUUUCUCCUUUUUGGAUUAUCUAUAUCCUGAAUCUCAGUAUGUCACAUGAUAAGCAGGUUAGAAACACAAUCAUAGAACAAUAUCUUAAACAUUGUAAGACAAAAUGGGCAUCCUGAAUAGCUUAGUAGCCAUCCCUAUGUGUGCCCAUGGAAGGUAUAGUAAAUCCCAUAGAACAAUAAAGGACUUGUGCUUUUUUACUUGUACCUGAAUGAUCUAGAGAAGGGAUGUCCAACUCCCAAGGGACUGCAGUCUACUCACAGGAAAAAAAUAAAUGACAGUGAUCUACCCCUUUUUGGGGGGUUCAGUUCAAAGUUGUUGAGGUUUGUGAAGAGCUAUAAAAGAAUUUAUCCAGACUGAGUAAAAUGGUAGUAAAAUGGAAAUGCAAGUUACUAUAAGCAAGUGCAAAAUGAUCCCCUAAAAAUCUAAAUUUCACGGACUCUUGGGGUCUGAGCUGGCAAAAAUAAGACUUUGGGGUCAUAGAGGAUAGCUCAAGGAAGAUGUCAGCCCAGAGUGCAGCAGCUGAGAAAAAGGUGAAUGCCAUGCUAGGAAUCAUUUGGAAAGGGACUGGAAUGUCACAGUGCCAUUAUGCAAAUCUACAGUGCAGCUGCACUUGGGUUAAUGUGUACAAUUCUGGCCGCCUUACCUCAAAAAAGCUAUGGUAGAGCUGGAAAAGGUUUAGGAAACAGAACUGAUCAAGGGAUGGAGAAACUCCCCUUUGAGGAAAGGUUACAGCUUUUGGAGGCUUUUUAGUUUUCGAGAGAAGGCGAGAAAAAGGCAACAUGCUAGAAAUGUAUGCAAUCAUGUAUGGUGUGGAGCAAGUGGCUAGAGAUAGAUUUUCCUUCCUCUCUCUCAUAAUACUAGAACUUGGGCAGGCUUCCUCAAACUCGGCCCUUUGUAGUUUUGAGACUACAAUUCCCAUCAUUCCUGACCACUGGUCCUGCUAGCUAGGGAUCAUGGGAGUUGUAGGCCAAAAACAUCUGGAGGGCCGAGUUUGAGGAAGCCUGAACUUGGGGGGACAGAUGCUGAAUGUUGGAAGAUUUUGGGCAGACCAAACAAAGUACUUCCUCACACGGUGGAAAGCUAAGCUACGGAUCUUGCUUCUACAGGAGCCAUUGCUGGCCACUAACUUAGAUGGCUUUAAAAUAUGACUAGACAGAUUGACGUUACAUUAGGUUGAAGCUAUCAGUGGCAACUUGGCAUAAUGGCUAAGUUCUACCUCCAUUGUUAGAGACUAAAGGUAAAGGGACCCCUGACCAUUCGGUCCAGUCGUGGCCGACUCUGUGGUUGCGGCGCUCAUCUCGCUUUAUUGGCCGAGGGAGCCGGUGUACAGCUUCCGGGUCCUGUGGCCAGCAUGACUAAGCUGCUUCUGGCAAAUCAGAGCAGCACACGGAAAUGCCGUUUACCUUCCCACUGGAGCGGUACCUAUUUAUCUACUUGUACUUUGACGUGCUUUCAAACUGCUAGGUGGGCAGGAUCUGGGAAUGAGCAACGGGAGCUCACCCCAUUGCAGGGAUUCAAACCGCCAACCUUCCGAUCAGCAAGCCCUAGGCUCUGUGGUUUAACCCACAGCGCCACUACAUGCCUCUAAAUACAAAUUGCUGGGAAUGACAAGUGAGAAGAAUGCUGUUGUACUUUCAGGUUUCCCAUAGGCAUCUGGUUGGCCACUGUGAAAGCAGGAUGCUUCUUAUGUUCUGAAGGCUGGUUACCGCAAGGGAAAGUUUCUUCCCUAUGGUGGCCCCCUGACUAUGUAUUUUCUUUCCAAUGGACCUACAUUAAACUUCUGUAUCCUAGGCUUUUCAGAAAGGCCCAAAGAUCUCCCCCUCCACCCCACUUAACCUCCCAGGCUUAAUGUUAAUUAGUUGUGUGAUGUUUUGAUUGAAUUAUGUUCUUUCUGGGGUGUGUGGGGUAGAUUUUAGGUUUUUAAAAUAUAUAUGUAUAUAUUAUUUUUUCUUUCAUUGUUCACGUAAGCUGCUUUGGAUGGGCAUUUGCCCCCCCAAAGAGGCCUAAAAAUAUUUUAAGCAACACAUAAAAUGCACAUGCCCAUGAAUAUUUUGUUUCUUUUUGAAGAAAUUUAUUGAAUUUGAAGAUUCUCAAGAACAAGAAAAAAAGGAUCUGCAGAUAAGAGUGGAAGCUUUAGAGUCGCAAACUCGGCAGCUUGAACUGAAAGCAAAAAACUAUGCUGAUCAAAGUAAGUGGGACUUUAUCAGUGGAUUAUAACUAAUUAUAACCAUUGCAUGGUUUGCAUGAUAUUUUCACUCUUAUCUUCUAAUAUAAAAGAGCAUAAAAUGACUGCACCAGUAUAAUUCUCUAGCGGGAGUGUUUGUCUUUUCAUAUAUGUAUGUGUGAUUUAAGUUUUGUUUUGUGUUGACUGAUGUCCAAGCUCAUCUUCUCACUAACUUUGUUUAGAUUUUCUUGAAGUAGUUUCAGCUUCUUUUCUCACCUGAACAACAAUGGGUGAUAUCCCACUAUAGAGGCCCACUUGCACAGUAGACUUCAACACGUGCAAAUGGGAUAUCCCCCUUUCCUCCUGCAGCCCCACAAAUUUGCUUUGGAGUGUUUAGAGCAGAAGACUCUUGCAUUGUGCAGGACUAGAUUAUUAUUGUUCUUAUUGAUUGAUUUUAUGUACUGCCCUAUACUCGGAGGUCUCAGGGCGGUUCACAGAAUCUUGUGGUCCCUUCCAACUCUACAAUUCUAUGAUUCUGUCAUUCUAUGUCCAGAAAUUUCAAAGCAACCUUGAUUCUACUGAUCUUAGAAUGCAAAAGUGGCUAGGAAUCUUGUUCAUUUAAUGUUAGCUAUGGCUCAGAGUUUCUUAAGCUGAUAGAAGGGCCUUGGGCUAGCUAGCCCUGUAGGAUUUAUUAUUUGUAUAGCUGACUUUAUCAUAUCACAAACUACUUUUGAAACCCCUUUCAAAGCAGUUUACCUUGUGGCAAGAGGGGAUGGGGGAUGAGGCUAUUGCUAAAGCCUGAGGUCUUGUCAGCUGAUGGAACUUGUUUCAUAGUUCCUUGGAUGCAGCUCAAGUAUGUUUUUGUUUUUAAUUUAACCAGUAGCGAAUAUUUUGCUGCUACACAAUUGGCAAGGUUAUAAUUGCUCUCUAAGGACACUGGAGUGGUUUAUUAGCCUCAAACUAAUUCUGGGAGAUAGUCAUAUGUAGCAUCCUUAUCUAUGGUCAACGGAGCAUAUGCUAAGAUUGUAUCCCAUCCUUCUCCUGGUUUUUCCAUGUGAAUUCCUGGCAGCUUUAAAUAUGGCUGCUGUUUUAAUGCUAACCAGGGUUUGCUAGGAUUACUACUGUAUUUUUCGCUCCAUAGGACGCACUUUUUCCCUCUUAAAAACUAAGGGGAAAAGUCUGUGCGUCCUAUGGAGCGAAUGCAGGGGGGAGGCAGGCGGGAAAAGCCCCCAAGAGCCGCACACAAGCUUCGCGUGGCUCUUGCGGGCUUUUCCCCAGGAGGGAGAAGGGACCGCCGCUCCCCGACCUGUUCUGGGGGCUAGGGUUGGGGGAAGCUCGGGCUUCCCCCGCCCACAGCCCUGCAAGCUCCAGGAGUGGAGGCAAGGUUGCCCACAUAGAUUGCCCACAAGGUUGCGCAGUGGGAGUUGGCGCUGCGCUCGGGGGCUUCAGGCAGCUAUCCGCAAGCCUUCAGAGCGUGGUGGGAGUUCCCCCCGUGCUCCAAAGGCUUGCAGACUGCAGCCUGAAGCCCGGGGAGCGCAGCGCCAACUCCCGCUGCGCUCCCCGUGCUUCGGAGCGCGCCCCCAGCCCUGCAAGCUCCAGGAGCGGCGGCAACGCUGUGCGCAACCUUGCCGCCGCUCCUGGGCCUGUUCUGGGGGCUGGGGUCAGGGGAAGCUCGGGCUUCCCCCGCCCCAGCCCCGCGGCUAAAAACGAAGCCAUGACAGCUAGCGGGAUCCAUGACAGCUAGCGGGAUCCAUCCCGCUCGCUGUCUUGGCUUCUGCCAAAGCCGCGCGCAGCCUCUCCCGGCUGGAGAGGUUGUACGCGGCUAAAGAGGAAGCCAAGACAGCCAGCGGGAUGGAUCCCGCUAGCUGCCUUGGCUUCUUUGCUCUUUGGGGCUGGUGGGGGAAAAAUAUUUUUUUUCUUCUUUAUUCCCCCCCCCUAAAAACUAGGUGCGUCCUAUGGUCCGGUGCGCCCUAUGGAGCGAAAAAUACAGUAAUCAGCUUCAAACCUCAUUUAAAAAUCUUCUAUAAGAGGGAACUCUGGUUAGUGCUAACUGUGGGUAAUGUUGGUGCUGAAAUAAGUCUGCAGGCCCCCAAAACAGUGACCUGGAAUGCAACUCCCAGGUGAAUGGGAAGUUGCCUGUAAAGUGUAAAACAUUGUAAUAGAAUGGCCCAGUCACAUGAAUCCAGAAUGUGCAGUCCCUGACAUGGAUUUUAAAAAUGAAUAAAGGGGAUGGAAAUACUAGCCUUUAACCCUUAGUUGCCCAUUGCAACCCACCUCUGCCCCCUUUUUCUCCCUCCACCAGCAUGAUUGUGUUGUGGUUGCAUGGAUGGGGUUGUGAUGAGACUGGGCACAGGAGGGAGUCAGAUUGUGGAAGCAGCCACUGAUGUACAGCUGCCUUAUUUCAGAACCAGCUGUAACUGGCACUAAUCAUCAAUCCAACUGCUGCAAUGUACCUUGAGUGGCUUGAUCACCCAAUCCCAUUAGAGAAAAUUAAAUCUCCUCUCGCAUUUUGUCUCAUUCUUGUUUUAACCAAUAAAGAAGAAUCCUCUCUAAAGAUUGCCACAGAGUUUGUCGUCAUGCUGUAAUAGCGAAGGGAACACAGGAUUGUGAAACUGCUUGCUGCUUCAUCUUCAUGCUGAGAAGUCAACAGUUCUUUUUGAGACAUUGCCCAAGGCUUGUGCUUUUUGAAAGCUACUCUUACUAUGAAUUUAUGCACUGGAUUACCUCAAAAUGCCACUUGGGAUAUCUUUUUGGCUUCCAUUACUUGUUUUGCAAGGUUAUAAGUAAGGUGAUGAACUAAUGCUUUAAGAAUUUCCAAAAUUUGGAGAGCUUUGAACUAUAGCCCGAAAACUGUAAUGCUGAGAGCUGUUUCUCACAGUCAUCUACAGGGAAAAAGAAACAUAUUUGUCAUGAAAUCGUAAAUAAGUUGUCCACUGUUCAUUGAAGCUGCCCAGCAGGUUCUUAAAUAUUUGGAUGCAUUUCAGAUCUCACAGCAAAUACAUGGUAAACACAAGGGGGAAAUGAAGACCUAUAUGCAGUGGAGGGCCUCGGGUUUAUCAAAUUGUCUAGGACACAAACAGUGCAGAAUAUCCUCAAUAGCACAUUGAUACCAUAGCAGCUAGCUGUUCCGGUUGAUCUUAAAUGCCUGUUUGCAGUGUUAGUUUUGAGCUAUGAAAUUUACUUUGGAAUAUUGCAUGGAUGUACCUUAUUAUAAAACUGGAGUUUCAUCAUUGGUUAUGCUGUUAAUCCAUUUGGUUUAGGUUUAUAGACAAUUAAUACUUUGAGAAAGCAAUCACAUUAGUCAAACUUGCCUUCUUUGGUCCUCACAGUCUAUAGCUUUAAGAGAACUUCUGUUGCAGUUGUGGAAUUAGUUCUAGGAACUGUGUAGGUUUUGCCCUUUUAUGACACCUGCAGUUUUUAUGUGCCAGUAGGCCUGCUCACACAUGUGCUUUGGCUAAUUUAGGGACCAUGUAUGUGUGGUUCUUACGUUUGUGGUUUCUGUUUAUGGAUUGGGAAUCAGAUGCUUAGUUCCCUGAUCCAAUAAUUAACUUUGACAGUAUAGAUUUAUCUGCUUGGAGGAUUGAAGUAGCAGAGUUUGCCUCCACACUACCCCAGAGUGGAUUGAUGGUGUCAGAUCUGAACUGAUUGACUAGUCAAUCCUAUGUAUCUCUACUAUCUCUUAAAGAAAGCUAUCGGGUUUGCUUGGAGAUUUUACUCAGAGCUAUGUGGUUUAAAGACAUCUGUUUGUUAUUUAUUAUUUCAAAUUUAUAGUCUACCCUCCCCCAAAGGGAGCCUAGGGCAGCUAACAACCAGUAUUAGAAACUGAGAUAUGAAAGCUAGGAGCUAAAUGGCACCUUAAACCUGAGUUGUGGACACCACAAUGGAAUGUCAGAACCUAUCAGCUUGCCUUACACUGCAGUGAUUUCUUGGAAGUCGACCAGGCAGGAAUUUCUUCUCCCACACCCUCAGUGGCAGCAAUAGUGGCAGUUUUAAUCUGAAAUCUUAGGUGCAGUACCGCACCCAGAGCUCAGAAAUUGCUCGCGUUAAUGAAAUUCCCAGUCGCAAAAUGUGCCUAGAACAAUAGGAGUUUCACACGCUGAUCACAACAAUAAAAUUACAUAAAAAAAAUUAAACAACACUGUUCAGGUAAUGUAGACAGUUAGUACCAGCAAUGUAAAAGUUUCAUAAAACUACAGUUCAAAAACAUGGAUAAACAGAAGUCUUUUGACACAUUUCCUGAAUGCAUAUAAAGUGGGAGACAGACUGAUUUCCAUUGGAAAGGGGGUUCUGUAGCUGGGGUGCUGCCCUGCCUCAGUUCCCUGUUUGUUGUGCUUCUCCUAUUGAUGAGCUGUGCCUUGUCCACAGAUUGCAAAUUUGAGGCUGGAAAAUGCUGGAGAAGGCACAUUUUCAGUUCGGUCCCAAGUCAUUUAGGACUCUUUAGGGGAACAUAUUAAACCUACUCUAUCCCUGUUUUCCCAAAUGUGAGUGUGAACACUUGAAAUUGGAAAUGGCCCUGUGAAUGUAAACAUGACCUUCAUCUAUUUGGAUCUCUCACUUUUAAAUUUUAUUGCUGUAUUUAAACACAGGGAACCUCUGUUGAGACCAUGCUAAAUAAUUUAUUUAGAAAAUGUUUACCCUCCCUCUCUCAGAUUUGCAAGAUGCUUCGUCAAUAAAUAAUGCAUCAUAAUGUAAAUGAGGGGUUUCUGCUCUCAAUGAGUGCUUUGAAACUCUUCAUAUUACCCUGAACAUUCCCAGGAGAUUUCUGUGUGCUGCUGCUGCUCUCAGUUAACUCUCUUGCUACCUUUGUUUGAUUCUCUGUGAAGGCCUCCAGAGAAUGACAUUCCAGUUUUCCAGUUACAUUUGAACAUCUCCUGAUUUAUGGGGUGUUCAGAAAGAAACGAUGCAACGUUACUAAAUGAAAUGAAAUGCAUCUUUCUCCCACAUUGCUUUCAAAUAGCAUUGCCUGAAAGCAACCACCCACAAAUCACUUUUUGGCUAAGGUGGAGUUGUACUGGUGGAUUACCAGGGUGGGCAGAGUCAGAGCAGCUGCUCAAGGUCCUGUACCGGGGCAAGAACAAAGGUGAUCUUAUAUAUCCUGUAGCUUUCAGGUCAUGGCAGUUGAAACAGCCAGUGGAUGAUGAUGAUGAUUUGGCCAGUGGAUUAUUCAAAAAAUGUGCAACUUACCUUUGCCCAAACAGCAGCUUAUUUUCCUGUACUCUUAUACAGAGGCAUACAUGCCUGCUUGUAUGUGCUGACAAUCAGUGUUAGAAACUGGGAUGGAAAAGCUGGGAGCCAAAGGGUUUCUGGGAUCUGGGUUGUGGAUGCCAAAACAGAAUGUCUAGUUGCCACUGGUGGGGGAGGGGAGUCGGCCGGCAACACUUCUUAUUUAUUAUUUUAAUAAGCAUGAAUUAAUCUGCAAUUCACAUAAGUGACAUAUUGUUAAUAUCUUAUUUUUGGCAGAAAUUGUUAAUACAUGUGGAUGUAGCCUACCUUGAUUUCAGCAAGGCAUUUGACAAGGUGCCUCAUAAUAUUCUUGUAAAGAAGCUGGUAAAAUGUGGUCUUGACUAUGCUACCACUCAGUGGAUUUGUAACUGGCUGACUGUUGAACCAAGGGUGCUCAUCAAUGGUUCCUCUUCAUCCUGGAGAAAGUGACUAGUAGGGUGCAGGGUUUCUGUCUUGACCAGUCUUAUUCAACAUCUUUAUCGGACCAGAUGAUGGACUCAAGGGCAUCUAGAUCAAAUUUGCAGAUGACACCAAGUGGGAGGGUGGCUGCCACCCCAGAGGACAGGAUCACACUUCAGCAGGCCUUGACAGAUUAGAGAACUGGGCCAAAACAAACAAGAUGAAUUUUAACAGGAGAAAUGUAGAAAUAAUGCUUGAGCAAAAAUGAGAGAGCACAAAUACAAGAUGGGGACACACUAAGCUUGAGAGCAGUACAUGUGAAAGGAUCUAAGGUCUUGGUUGACCACAAACUUGACGCUGAGCCAACAGUGUGUGGCAGCAGCUAUGAAUAUUCUGGGCUGCAUCAAUAGGGUAUAACAUCUGAAUCAAGGGAAAUGUCAACCUGUAUUCUGCUCUGGUCAGACCUCACCUGGAGUACUGUGUCAGUUCUAGGCUGCAGUUCAAGAAAGGACAUGACAAACUGGAGCAGUGUCCAGAACAGCAAAAUGAUCAAACCUGGACGAUGCCUUAUGAGGAGCGACUAAGAGAGCGUGGCCUGUUUAGCCUGGAGAAGAGGAGGUUAAGGGGUGAUAUGAUAGCCAUGUUCAAAUAUAUAAAGGAUACCACUAGGAGGAGAAAGGUUGUUUCUGCUGCUCCAGAGAAGCGGACACGAAGCAAUGGAUCAGAGAGUACAGAAGAAGAUUCCACCUAAACAUUAGGAAGAGACUUCCUGACAGUAAGAGCUGUUCGACAGUGGGAAUUUGCUCUUAGGAGUGUGGUGAUCUCCUUCUUUGGAGGUCUUUAAGCAGAGGCUUGACAACCAUAUGUCGAUGCUCUGAUGGAGUGACUUUUCCUGCUUGGCAGGGUUGGACUCGAUGAUAGCUGCUUUGUGCAGUUCUCUUCCAACUCUAUGAUUCUAUGAUUCUAUGAUUCUAUGAUUCUAUGUUUAAUUUGGUGUUUACAAUAAAAACAUUGGGACCAUACUUUGGUUUUCAAAACACUCUGCUCUUUAUUGCUAAACUCCUUAACAUGUUGUCUAUCCUUAACAUAAACUUCGAGGCUUCAAAGCCGCAUACAUUGUAGUAAUCCUUGAGUGUCAGCCAUGGGCAAAAAAAUGACACCCAGGCUUCUUGAAGUGCUCGCAAAUGGAGAAUCUUUAGGCAAAAUGUGCCUGGUAUCCUGCUAAUUUUGAACCCUGCUGACAAUGGUGAAAUAUUUUAAGGACUCUUAGGAGGAAGAAAGGUUGUUUACCCUGCUGACUAAGAAUGGGACAACUGGCUAAUUUAGAAGGUGGUUACUUUAAGCCACUAAUAAAACACUAUUUAGGGGAUAUGGAAACUUUAGGGGUCAUGGAAGGCUUUUGAUAAGGGGGAUGCUUUAGCUGUGGAUACCUGUCUUAGUUUGGAUGAGAAGGGAUUGGACUAGAUUAAGUGGAUCUUAUAAGUGUGUGUUGUCGCCUGUGUGUCCUGCCAACCUAGCAGUUCGAAAGCACGAAGUGCAAAUAGAUAAAUAGGUACCGCUCCGGCGGGAAGGUAAAUGGCGUUUCCGUGCGCUGCUCUGGUUCGCCAGAAGCGGCUUAGUCAUGCUGGCCACAUGAGCCGGAAGCUGUACGCCGGCUCCCCUGGCGAAUAAAGCGAGAUGAGCGCCGCAAUCCCAGAGUUGGCCACUACUGGACCUAAUGGUCAGGGGUCCCCUUUACCUUUACCUGUCGCCUGCGUGAGUACAUGAAAAAAGAGACUCUGUGUGCUGUCCAUUGUUGCAUUCACUUGUGCAGAUAUCUUUUUUUAGAAGGCAGCAGUGAAAAGACUCAGUUCCUCUGCUUCAGACAGGUGGAAGAAAGUGGAAGCAAUAGGUUGUUUCAUUUUUGUUCCACGUUUCUUUUAGUUCCUCUGAGCAGUUUCAUUUUAGGGAAAGCUUUAACUGGCUGAAGUACCUGGUGAAUCUGUCCUGGCAACAGAGCCAAUUUAGCAGGGUGCUAAAUUAGACUUGCCCAUCUGUUUCUGACUUGACUUUAGAAUAGCAGGGCUUUGUUUCUUCCCCAGUGUCUGCUUUCAGUGGACCAGCAGAUGUUCUGGUUGCUAUCUUGUUAGCAAGGAAGUGUUAUACUCAAGACCUCAGGUAGCCAACCUGUGACUCUCUGGGUGUUGUUGUAUUCCAGCUCCCAUCAGCCCCAGCCAGCAUGGCCAAAGAUCAUGAUGGAAUUUUUACUUAUUAUUUUUUAAUAGCCUGUGUAGCCUGCUUUUCAUCACAGAUGUGAAAUACAAAAUAAAAAAUCUGGGAGGCCACUGGUUAGUGACCUCUGCUCUAGACCUAUUGGAUCAUGAAGCAACAUACUCCAGGGAUUGUGUCCAUGUAUUUGAAUUUUCUCCCCUAAUUUAUUCAUGCUGACCUCAUCUGUUGUUAGCUGGUACUGCUGUUGAUUUUGCAAUUUUGACUAUGGUUUGGUUUGCAUGACACACUAAACUGUAGCUAAAAUAAACUGGCUUAAGGUGGACAAGUAGUUUGCUGGUGCACACUGCUGAAAUUGCAGGUGCUUCCCUCCUUUCCCACUCCUCUUGCUGCUACGCUGCCAUGAAACAAGCCAUGGUCUGGCUUGUCGUGUUGUCUGAACUGAGGCUUGUGCUUUGUUUCUGUCCAAAGAAAGCACAAAUGGCGAGCUGAACAUGAGGUACUUGUUCACAAUAAACCAUUUUAAACAACAACAACAACUAUGGUUUUGUUUUAUGUGAUGUGUGAACUGGGCCUGUGGAAGACAAAGUAUUGAUUUUGAACAGCACUGGUGAUUCUUGUGCUUAUAUGAGUGGGCAACAAAUAUCACCUAAUGUUCAGAAAAUUGGUGCCUGUUAUGCAAGUAGAUGUAAAUUGACUAACACUAUAUAGAUAUCUAAAAGACACCAGCCCUGCUUAUAAGGCAAAGUUAUCUGUUGUUGACUAUAUCCUCAAGUCAUUGACACCUUUUACUCUGCAGGUAUCUCUACAUGUUGGCAAAUUAGUAGUCCACUAGAUGGAGCAGAAGCUAUAGUUGUUGGAUGGCUCAGUAAAUAGGAAUGGUUACAUUUUGCAGCUGUGGACUAAAAUGAAAUGAAUGGGAAAGAUCUGCCUGCUUGGUUCUUGUGUUUUGUAGCUGCCAAGUGGGGAGAGUGGCUUGAAAUGGACAUGCAUUAAUAGCUGUAAAUGUACUCUGGGUGGUGUUAAGGUCCUAUACAAACUAUAGAUCUGUUACGAGUUCUUAAUAUGUAUAUUUAAAAAAAGAAUGAAUAGCACUUUCUAGAAAAAAGUGGCAUCUUCAUAUAUAAUGGUUGCUAUAAUAGAGAUGGGUUUAGUAAAUUAUUUCCUGAAUCCUGCAUAGGGACCUAGGAGCCUAGGCACAAUACAUCUAAAUACAGUGGUACCUUGGUUCUCGAACGUAAUCCGUUCUGGGAGUCUGUUUGACUCCCAAAACUGUUCGAAAACCAAGGCAUGGCUUCCAAUUGGCUUCAGAAGCUUCCUGCACCCAAGCGGAAGCCGUGUCGGACAUCUGGCUUCCGAAAAACGUUCGCAAACCGGAAUGCUUACUUCCAGGUUUGCGGCAUUCGGGAGCCAAUUUGUUUGGGAGUCAAGCCAUUCGAGAACCAAGGUACCGCUGUAUUUCCUAAACAUGCCAUAACAGUUAUAUGCAAUCCAAAUUGGUAUCUCAUUUGAUUUGGCAAAACAGGACUCCAGUUGGUGGGGAAACACUUGAAAAUUAGGAAUACUAGGUGAUGGUGGGUACUGUUGUGUCAGGCAAACUUGUUCACUCCAUCCCAGUUUCUCUUAAUUUCUUACUUUCUCUUGAUACUGACAAUGGUAUGUUCUUGGUAACCUAUUGAUUUGAUUGCCUUUAUAGUACAUCUUGGCUCCCUUAAUAAUUUUUAGUACUGGGAGUGCACUUUUAGCAUUACAAGAACCCUGGUGGUUGAAUAGUCUGGUAUAGCUCUGUCCACUUGUUGAAGAGCAGCUAGCCUCCUUGUUAAAGGUGAAGGGGCAGGAUGCUUCUUCCAUGUCAAUCAGGCCCUUGACUGGAGAGCUUUAGUGAGCACAGUUCCUUGAUUCUUGUUGGGCAACUUGAACUUCUUCAAGAACAGUGGAGAUUGGAUUAGGCCCUGACUCUGGGACUAGGUUUGGUGUUCCCUCCAAAUGCCCUGGGCUGCAGCCUGACCUGCUCAAUGCUGUCUUGAGAAAGCAUUUGGAAGAGGAAGAAAAGCAGGAGCACAAUUUUCUAAAAAACAGAGCAGAGUUGGUUUCUGUAUGAAUAGCUUUGAAUUGUGGAAACCGGAGAUGAUGUCUGUAGACUCUGUUACUGUGGCUGUCAAUGUCUGUUUCUGAGUGAAUUAAUUAUCUUUUUCAGUUACCAGACUGGAAGAGAGGGAAGCAGAACUGAAGAAAGAAUACAAUGCUCUUCAUUCAAGACAUACAGAGGUAGGUAAUGAGAUAUUCCUUGGAGCUGUGCUUUGAGAGGGCAGGGACUUGGUGGGAAGGGCAUCAAGGGAGCUUCUACUGCACCCGUGUUUGCCGAGGGCUCUCUAAAGCUUUUGCUGUGAGCUUUUGGAAGGUUUUCCGUGUGUUCAUUGAAAUCCUUUAUAUUAAAUUGUAGGACAGAGCCAGAUUGAUAUUGGCAGCAUGCAUGAUCCUAACCUGAUGUUUGCUGAGAUGACUGAAUUGAGGGGCAGGGGUGGGAUGCAGACUUAUUAGCUUAUUAGCCUAGCGGGAAACCAGAGUUCCCGCUUAGUUUGUUUCAACUCUUUCUUUGCUUGAAAAGGUAGUCUGUCACCUUAGAUAGUCAUGUCACCCAUUAUGUUUCACGUGACCUAGAGAAAGACCUGAUGAUUAGCAGUCAAAUUUCUUGAGGUAUGCCAAGAUAUUGUAAACCACCCUGUGAUCCUUGCAUAAAGGGAAGUGAUUUAUUUAUUUAUUUAAAAUAAAAACUCGAAGGCUGACCAUGUUCCAGUAUGUACGUUUGAAUGGAGAUUGAUUGAAUUCCUCAAGCCAACUCUAGAUGUUUUGUGUGCCUGAUGUUGUCAGCUUGAACUUUGUAACAAGUAGAAAAAAUGCAGGGUACAACAGCUUUAUAUUUUUUGCUUUAAAGAGCGAACGCAGUCUUACAAAAUAGUAUUGUUGCCAAUGCUGCAGCCUAGGUCCUGGUUGUUAGAAAAACCCUUGGCGAUGAAAAGGGCUGUGAAAGGAAAAUGCAUGUACUGUUGGUGUUGAUUGCAACCAGCAAAACCUUUUCCUUCCACACAACUACUUAUGUAACUGAUAUGUUGAGUCGCCCGUUGACAGAUCUUGACAUUAUGUGAGUGGACAUAGAGAAAAGUAUACAGUAGUAGAAGACAAAUAUUCAGCUUGAUAAACAAGGAUGAAGAUCUGUAGGUUUUUAACUUCAUGUGAUUAAGAUAGCAAUGCACAUUUGGCUUCUCUAGGAAUAUUGUGUAGGACCAUAUUUAUUUUUAAUCCAUUUUUUCAGACAUCAGUUGUGAGUCACUCUGGGAUAUGUUAAUAAUUCUAUACAGUGCUGGUAGCUGGCGCUUGAACAUAAAUGAAAAUGAGGGUUUAGUGAGCGGGAAGAGCCUGUGACAGGGAGCAGUUCAGACUCCAAAGCUGCAGCAGAGCAGAAGGUCAAGAGACUUCUGAAGAACCCAGAGAGUCUCUCUCUCCUGCUGGAUAAUGGAUAAUGAGGAGGGCAGAACAGAGACCAGAGGGAAACAUCCAGGAAAGGAGGAGCCUUAGUAAGGGCGGAAGGCCGGGACCUCUGUCCUGGCAACUGCUCCAUAGGGGCAGGACCUACUGGGAAGUGUUGCUGAGUUGUAUGCCAUUUCCUGGAAUAAAGAGUUAACUUCACUGACAACAGAGCCCUGCGUCUUUCACGCUGAUUUGUGUCUAUGACUCCCACCCUGACACUUGAUAUGUCUCAUUCACUUACACUUAGUACAGUACUUAGGAACGUAGAGACUGUAAGGCAAUCUGAUCCAGGGCUUGGUGGACAACAAACUCUAUCCCCACCGAAGUCAGAAAGCAUCUAUGGCUUCAGCUCAUUGGGAAGAUGAUAGGUACACUGUCAGAGAAGGAGGUGAACCCAGCCGUUCAGAGUCAGGAUUGUGUGGUGAUUUAAAACAAAAAUCAAAAUCCUUACUGAUAUAUUCACAGCUAAGUCCUCUUUAUGUCGUGAUUUAGUGAGGACAAGGCAGAAAGGGCAGAUUCGAAUGCUGUCUACUCUCACUUCUUGCAGGACACACGCACACAAAGUCUCUUAUCCUGCCUUUCUCUGAUUUUUUUUUUAGAGGGUCUUGAAAGCUGAGUAGCUUAACCUCCCACCAUGCAAUAUGACUCAUGACCCUGAGUUAUAGUUUGUAGCAAACUAUGGCUUACCAUAAACAAGCAAAAGAGAAGCCUUUGGAAUAGGGAAUUUAUCAUUAUUGUGGACCAUAAGUGGCAGAACAAGUUCUUCAAAAAGAAUCACUUCAUGGUAGAAGCAAUCCCACCAGCAAUAGAUGAACAGAACUUUCUGCCCAUAUUCAAUCUUUGAGGUGUAUUUGCAUGUCCCAGUAAGAAUCAGUCACAGGUGUUACCUUCACUUUUCAUACACAUCAAGGACAGAGCAUCGUUUCUUGGAUUCACUAGUGCCCAGUGAGUUAAUUAGACCAUUAGCUGUCUUCGUGGCCCAACUGGUGGGGACAUCGUGGCAUCCAGGGACACAUGUUGGAAAGUAUUUGGGAAAGUACCCCGUUUUUCAGAGUUGUCUGCUCUAAGCUAUGUUGCAUUUUAUAAGAAGGAAACAUUCAGGUAUGGAGUGAUAUCUUUGCUAGCUUGUAAUCAAUAACAGUACUGGAACACCAUUGUGGUAGCUUCUGUACAACCAGCCAAGAAUGGGCUGAAAGAAAUGGUUGUAAUGAGGGGAGAACUGCACACAUGAAAAAGCCACCUUGGAUCACUUGGUUAUCUUGUCAAAUCAGUUUGUGUCAGUAUCCUCCAUAAUUCUCAUCCUGAUUCUGUAAAUCAUUAAUGCAAAACAAAGAGUAGUCUUCUUGACACUGAUUAGGUAUUGCAUAUGACAUCCUAGUAGAAGUACUCCAUGUUGAUUCAGCUGAUUCAGGCAAUGAAAACUGUAAUUUGGAUGCUGCCUUAGUGCUCCUUUUAGAAGCAAAAGAGAGAAUAGAAAUUUCUAAACCAAAAAAAAUGACAUUAAACCAGUUGUGAUUUAUGAGGACUUAAGGUGUGAUAGCCAGCUAAGUCAUACUUUGGGUAGACCCACUGAAAUCAAUGGGCAAGUUAUAGUAGUUUAUUGAUUUCAAUGUGCCUAUUCCAAGUAUGGCUUAGUUGGAUAUCAUUCAAGGCUAUUAUUAAUGUACGUCCAGCCUGGCAAGUGUAAUUGAAAAACUUAAAUGAUCAAGACUUUAUAAAAAAAAGAACAGAGCAGCAACUCUACAGCUCCAAGAUAUGAAUACGAUUAGAAUAUUGAAAGAUCACAUUUGAUCUCAAUAAUGGAAACUAACAUCUCUUCUGUUUUUUUAGGUAUGCUCUCUUUCUUUGCUAUGUCUGGUUACAUGUGCUGAUUUGGUUCAGCUCUUCCUUCAACAGUUGCAGCAGUGCAAAACCUGCUAUUUUAACAGAUACAGUGGUGCCUCGCAAGACGAAAAGAAUCCGUUCCGCGAGUCUCUUCGUCUUGCGGGUUUUUUCGUCUUGCGAAGCAAGCCCAUUAGCGGAUUAGUGCUACAGUAUUAGCGGCUUAGCGGGCUUAGUGGAUCAGCUGAUAAGCGGCUUAACGAUAAGCUGAUAAGCGGCUUAAGGAUCAGCUGAUAAGAGGCUUAACGAUAAGCUGAUAAGCGGCUUAACGAUCAGCUGAUAAGUGGCUUAGCAUCAGCUGUUAAGCGGCUUAGCCAUCAGCUGAUAAGCGGUUUAGCGGCUUGGGAAAAAGGGGGGGAAGGAAAAAAACCCCGCAGGAACUCGCAAGACAUUUUCGUCUUGCGAAGCAAGCACAUAGAAAAUUGCUUUGUGAGCUAUCUCCAAAACGGAAAACCCUUUCGUCUAGCGGGUUUUCCGUCUUGCGAGGCAUUCGUCUUGCGGGGCACCACUGUAUUGAGUAAUUACAAGGAUUAGAAGGACUCAUCUCUAGGCUACUUGUCAUAGAUUUCCCUCCUGGAGAGCAGUCAAGUAUGAACAGAAUAAUUGGUUGCAAGCACAUGAAUGAAUGCUGGUAAAAUUGAAGCAUUAGUUUUUAAGAUAUGAUUGGAAGCAGUUAUAUUUUGGGUGGGGGAGGAAUUGUGUACCACUGUCCAGUGGUUCACAUUGAUCCAUCUCUGCUUUUUCGUGACUGUUGACCAACACUCUGUGUUUUGACUUUAUGUGGCCGCCCAUCCUUGUUGCUUGAGUCAUAGAUUACUUCAGGUCAAGAAGGUGAUAAAUUUACACUGACAUAUAUGUCUUUGGGAGAGAAACAGAUUGUCUAAAAACAGAACUAGCGAAAAUAUUUCUGUGUUGAUGAUCAUGUUUGGCUGUUUUGACUACAUGGCAGUCUAUGUGCUACUUUUGAUAAUAUUUUGACUUUUGUGAACAGUAAGCUAAAUCAAUUUUUAUUCCUGGUUUAUUAGCCAGGGAAACACAUAACUUGAUUAUUUAUGAGCAAAUGUGGUUAAUGCUUCAACUCUUGGAAAACCUAAGUUUGAUUCCUGUCCCAUCACACCUUUUGAACAUGCGUAAAACAAUUUGAUUUUCAACAGAACCACCAUGUUAAUGAAAAAAAGGAUAAACACAUUUUUGAAAUGGAAUUUCCUUCCAGAUCCUGGUAGGAAAAGCUUAUUUGUAAGUUACACAGACCUUUCUCCCCAAUAUAUUGAACUAGAUGCAUUAAAUAUCUUGUACUACAAGGAUGCAGGAUCUGUUGCUCUUCUAAUUGAAGCCAUUACAUUAUCAGUACUGGCAAAGCAAAAGUCAACAAUAGCGUCAUAACUGUUGCUGUUCGGGGUGCUGAAAAGACAGUUGAAGAAAAAGAGCAAGUGGAAGCCAUUGUAACUAUUCUUACAUAGCUCUGCUGUGCUAAGUGCAUGUAGCUUGUGUCACUUAUCUAUUGUCUUGAAAAAGUCUUGCUACUCUUCCAAUGCUUGUCAGCUGACAAUGGUUAUUUGUAAUACUGAAUGAGUUUAAUGGUUCAUAGUAUGGGGGUAGCAAAUAAGCAGGGUUCCAACCAUGAGCCACUGCAACUUGAGAAGACUAACUUUAACAUUUGCAACUCCCUGCUGUGUAGAAAGCAUGAUUUCUCCCUACUACAGAAAAUCUGUCACUGUAUAGGAUUUCAGCAGAAGCUCCUUCGGGGAAUUGGGAACCCCAUUCAAGAUCCAGGAGAAGCAUCACCUGAGUAUCCGUUAUGAAGGUGUCGGUCUCCCAGACACAAUUGAGAUGAUUGAAUUUUGAGUGUUGACAGAUAUACUGGAGUGAUACGAAUGUGCAUAAUUUUAUGGCUUCUUCUCUUCCCAAAAUGUCAGGGACAAGUUAACACGCACCACCAAUUUUGGAGUAAAGAAGAAAUAGUUUGAGGGUGUUGUAGUCAUAUGUGGUUACAUGGGUUGGGGCAGGGAGAGAUGCAUUUUUUGAGGAACAAUGAAGGUAAUCUUUAUGCCUCCAUAAAUCCGAAUCGUAAUAUAUGACUCUAUUCUGAUAUGGUUGUCUGUGUCUUCUAAAAUCUGAUAUAAAAUGGCAUACAUUGAAAUUUUAUUUAUAAUUCCUUUUAACUGUGCAUCCGGUUGAACUCUCUCACAAGCUUUAUGGGCCAUGAGUAAAUCAAUUUGUACGCUGAAGAACUUUAAGUACCUGAAGUUUUUUUAGACUCAGUAACAAAUUGACUCAAUACAUUUUUAAAAUCAGAUAUUUAAGAAGGUGGUACACAUAGUUUCAAUUGUGGUAUAAUUAUUUUUUAUCGGAAGCAAUCUUGUGGGCAUAUAUAGCAGAAAAGUGGAACAUGAGGAAAAUGAAUAAAUUAAUCAUUUGCAUAGCAACUGCACAUGCCAGUCCUUAAUGGGAAAAAUAAUGUUGUAUCCAGUGCAGCCAUUUUAUUCCAGUGUAGAUUUUGGUGACAUGCAAGGAGAGGAAGGGAAACAAGUUUGGAUAUUGUCCUUAGUGUAAAGAAAUAGUAUUUUAAUGUUUUGAAGUUGGUUUAAUUAUCGUUUGUUUGUAAGUCAUAUUGGAAAUAGUUGUGUAUUUUAAAGGUGGAAUAUAAAUGAUAAAUAAUUGUCGUUAUAUUUCCCACUGUGUUUUAAAAAGAAAGAGUGGCAGCUGCGUCACAUGUGUUUGAGAUGCAGAGUAUUCACAAAUCACUUAGACAUUCAAAUUGGCUGACGGUGCAAACAAGACCUCACAAUAUCAUCAGUAUAACAAUGUUAACAUUUUUUAAAGUAUUCCGUUGGUAGUUAUUAAUGGUAAACACUAUUUCUUCUGCUUCCUUCAUUAUUUCGGCACUAGUAAUGCAGAACUAACCGCUUGCAGCUUAGAGCUUAAUCUAAAAUGUCCCUGAAGGCUGGAAAAAACAAUCAUGUUGCAUAUUGAGUGACCACAGUGUGAUAUUAUCUGAUGUGAUGGUUUGUUCAGCUGUAAAUAGUUUCAUUUGCGCUAGUUAUUAGUUCUGCUGUGGAGGGAAUUGUAUUAAAAUGUUGCCUAUUGAAAAAAUUGUAUUUUCAUGUUAAGGUCAUAUGUUCCUUCAAAGAGACAGAGAGAUUUUUUCCCCUAUAUGUUUUAAUCUUAGAGAUAUUUUAGGUACCUCUUGUAAAGGUGCAUCUGAAUCCUGUGGACAUGUAACUUUUUUCUCUGCAUCUUCUUGUCCUCCGUCAUGGCCAGAAAUGUUCAAUGUUUCCCUCGUUGACUCCUUCCUAGCCACUUAGGGGAAACAACACAUUUAGAACACAUCUUCGGAGAGAAGAUUUAAAAAAAGCUUAACAAACCUCUAUAAUUGUUACCUUACCUUGGAAUUUGGACAGGUAGGGCACAAUUUCAGACCCUUGUGGAAUGGUGGUGCCUUAAUUCUCAGAUUAAAAAGAAGUCCAUGGGGUUGCUAGGAUCCUUUGGAGUACAUUUCCUUGUGCUGAAAACUUUAGAGAGUACAACUGGGUGAACUGGGUCUGGAAUCAGCCCAGUGUGACUGAUUAUGGAGCCACACAAAAUCAACAGAUUUGGGAUGAGAUGUGAUGGAGGAUAACAUGCCAAGUUCAAGGGGAAUAAAAUCGGAAACUAUUUGACAUUUUACUUUUACCUUAUUGCUUUUAAGAUGUGAUGCACCUAGGAUCCCACUUCAGUAUAGAGCAGGUUUCAGGCUCAUAUUUGCCCUGCUCUGCCCCUUGUACAUGAAAGAAAGCAUAGGAGUCGUGCCUGACUGCAGAAACCUGUUCAUUUUGCAAAAUACAUGAAAGAUACGUGUACUGUGUGUUUUCUCAGUUUACUCUUGCAUCUCUUCCACUCACUGGGCCUCCUGUCUAUUCUGUCAAUUUGCACCCGGGUGAAAAACUAUUGGUGUGUAUUUGUAUUUGUAUUUGUAUUUGUAAACAGCUGCUCAGAUUGCUGUUUGCAUAUGCUGGAAUGGGGACCUUGGAAUAAUCAAGACAGUCAGUGUAAAAGAUCAACGAAUAGCCUUCUCAAGGUGUGUUGUCAAGGUGAAAUUUCUGUGCAUACUGGGAGGGGAAAAUAACAUUGCUGUAAAAAAGAUAUUUAAUGGUAAAAUGUCUUGAUACUUGGGUUACUUCAUAAACGGAAUUAAGUUUAUGAUCCGAAAACAAAAUACUCAUAGUACCUUAAGAGAAGGUUUACUCUUUGGGGCAGGUGGUGGAGGCAUAUAUUGUAUUUCCAUUCUGCUUAAACAGAUAUGAAUAGUUUUCUAAAGUAAUCCCCCCCUCCUUCUUAAUAACAGAUGAUUCAUAAUUACAUGGAGCACUUGGAAAGAGCCAAACUUCAUCAACUGACUGGGGGUGACCAGCUAGAACCCAUCGUGCACAGUAGAACUAGGUAAGCUUUACUGAUCUUUGGCUGAAGAUAAUCUAUUAUAUUUUAUCUUAAAGACUUGGUUCUUUGUCUUCAAACAUUAGGCUGAACGAUGGGGUGGAAUUAUUCAUAAUUGCAGUAUAUGAGGGGUUAUCGGAAGGGGCGGGUUAUGUUUUUGCUGUUGGGACACUUCAAGGCCUGGAUUGGCUAUCUGCUAAUAUUUUAACUUUAAGCUUGUACACAUAUAUCUGGUAUGACAAGCUGUCCCUCCUUUUCAUUUUCAAAAAAAGCAGCAGCGAAAAGAUUAGCAAUUAAAGGUUUUGAAAUAAUUGAAUCGCGGUUGUCUGAUGUGUACCUUCGGGCACAUGUCUGUGAGAGGGCGUCUCUGGCGGAAGCUUUGUGACUACAUUAUGUAGAUGUUGGAGCCUCCCAUCCAAUGAACUGGAGCUGAGCAGCCAAGGUUUGAAGUAGUGGGGAGGAGAAAGAGGCGAGCAAGCUUGCUUGUAUCUUUAGGUUGCUGCAUAGAUGCUGGGGAGAAGAGAAGCAGCUCCAUGGUGGUUUUUUCUCCCGGUUAGGUGGGGGAGGAGAGUGAGGUGAUGUCAUUUUGCUUUGGAGCGGCUGCUGCGGAAGAGAGUGGAAAGCCGCUGCUGAUGGCAUUGUUUUUGUGGCAGCAAGUGAAUGACAGACACUCACUACAAAGAUACUCCCUUGUCCCCUGCGUAGCCUUGGUUCUUGCAAUUCACCAUGCCAGCGCAGCGCCAUGAGUCCUGGAUGCAUGCUGCUAUUGGUGUUUGGCUUCGUUGGCGGGGCGGUGGUCAUUAAUUCAGCUAUUUUAGUCUCUCUCUCUGUUUUGCUGCUUGUGCACUUUUCUAUAUCCACUGGCGUGCCAGCUCUGACGCAGAACUUACCAAGGAUUCUCAGGUACCCUGAACUAUGGAGCCUUCUGUCAUUUUUGCUGUAUUCUUUGUUCUCUGCUUCCCAUUAUUUCUCUUCUCUUGGGAGGGGAGGCAGGAAGGAGAGGGUGGGACGAUGCUAAUCUCUUAAGUGUCUGUUUCAGGCAGAAUCUAGUCUCGGUGUCUAUAGGCUGUGCAAAAAUCAUAAAAUGCCUGUUUUAAAAUGUAAAAAUUGGCUUCAUUGUGCUUUCUUUGAGACUACAAAGUCGUUCUUGAAGGCUAUUAGCUUUUCUCUUUUUAUUGCUGAAUCCUGUAAACGGCAUAAAAGUGCUAUGUGAAUACAUUGUGGACAAAGCUUGUAUUCACUGUAUUGUCAGGUGCUUGACUAAUGCUGGGCAGCCUUGCUUCUGUGGUCGUUUAGGCCUUUCAUUUAUUUGGUCUGUGCUUUACUCCAGAGAAUUCUGCAGAAUCUGCUAGCGGAUAGUCUGUGAAACUAUUAUAAUAGCACCUUUGCAUCUUUUUGUAAAUCGAAUGCUGACAAGCUAAGGUGUAGACUGUAGAGUGAAGAAAUAGGGUUUAAAUAUCUUGAAUUAUAAGAGCAAUGGCAAAACUCUUUUCAUAGGACAUUGUAAUUUCACCAGUAAUAUGGCUUUCUGAAAACUUCUGUUAUGUAUUUAAAAGUAUGUAAUCCAGUACUUUGAUGCAUCAGGGCAGAAUUUGAUUGUGCUUAGUAAGCAAAAGUAAAAAAUCAAAGUGCAACUUUUUACAAUAUAGCAAACACUGUUUCUAACUUUAUUAUGGCUAAUAUAAUUAGUAGCAUCCAUACUACCCAUUGUGAAUAAUUUUACCUUUGUUGUUACGUAAAAAAAAUGUUGUUAUGUAAAGUGAGCUUCAUCCAUGUCUUUAAAACAGCAUUGUUGACCAAAUAGACAUUGCUUUACCUCUGAUUCUUAGAUUCUGCUGGGGGAGGAUUCCCAAAUAUUUUAUGUUACCCCAGAAUUGCAGGGGUUGGACUAGGUGACCCUUGUGGUCCCUUCCAGCUCAACAGUUCUGUGAUUCUAAGUGCAGGAAGGAAUGAUGAGGUGGAACACCACCAAGGGAAUGCAAGAAUCCGAUCUCAUUAGAGUUAAUUUCACAUUAGCAGUAAAAGAAAAUGUAAAGUUUUAUUCACAAGGAUCUGUGUGGUUCCCUUGGUGUGUUAUCUUCUAGUAAGCUUUUAAUACUUCGAAUGCAUAUGUUUAGACAUAAUGCUAAACCAGGUUUUUAGAAUAUGGAGUGUGGAAUAUCAUUCAAACCCUAACGUGUAGUUAAUAUUUUCUGCUCGUACUAGAAUUAAACCAACUUCAUUAACUGUGGUGUGAUGGUCAUAGAAUCGUAGAAUUGUUGGUUUGCUUCUGCUAAACAUAGCUAAGAUUAACCACAAUUUGUUCAGAUUCAGACAACAUGGCAAGCUACAGAUAAUUAAAAAGAUGCAAAAGUUUCUAGACUCCUCACUGUAGGAGGAGGGGAAAGAAGGAGCUUACAAACCCAGGGAAAGGUUAGGCUCAUUUUUGUAAUUCUAAACUAUGGUUUAGCAUUACAUCCAAACCAGCCAUGUGUGUUGGUGUUUUCAGUAUUUUGCCUGUUGUUGAAUAUGGCUUAUCUGCAAGUACUUUUUAAAGGUUUUGUAGUAAAUAGAAAAUUCAGAUCAUGUACGUUUGCCUAGAACUAUAGAGAAUUUGGCUGCAAUCCCUCAUAGCUGUAAUUUUCAGUAGCUGACCGCUAACCUUUACUUGGUUUAGUGGAUUAACAAUGAAUGUGUGACUUUGUAUUGAAUCAAUGGUAUGUUUUUAGAUAAUGGCAUUUACAGAAUAAAAAGAGCUCUUAAUGUUCUUUCAUGGCAUGGCAUGUGUAUAUAGGAAAAUGCUGUGUGGGAGAUAGCAUUUAAGAAGUCCUUAGUAUACAGUACUUGCUUAUAUUGAGUAUUUUUAUUACAAUGUUUUGUUUGUAGAAUUCAAAUAUUUAUAAAAUAAUAUUUAUACAGCAGUAGAAAACAUCAAGAGUAAUUAGUUUUGGGAAGUAGUUUUGUAGCAGGGUACAACAGGCAAGUCUUUCCAAGGUCAUUCUGGUUUCUACAUUUAGCAGAUGCUAGUCUGUGCAUCUUGAAUCUCUUCUCUCUUUGACAAACAUAAAAAUUAAUAUUAAAAGUAGAUGAAAAGUUCCCUGACCUCAGAGCUUUCUUUAAUUUAAAAAAAAAAAAAAUUGACAUGCACAGUAAGAAGAUCAUUGGUUAGCAUGUUCAAUAAUCUCAAAUGUAUGUGUCCUGGUCCCUUAUCUUUAAAUAAAUUUUUAAAAAGGUAAAAAAUACAUUGCAGAAAUUGGCGUUCUAACACGCCCUGUGUGUAAACGAGUUGACUUCAUUUUGAACCCAGAAGGAGAGAGAAUUCUCACCUCCUCAUUCAGGAUUCUCCAGUCGCCUGUUUUUGACCCUAAAAUGUAGCAUAGUGAAACUUUAUCAAAGUAAUUUGAAGAAGGCAUCAAUAACACAGUCUUAAGUGGAGCUUCUUCCCCUCACUCAUAUGCUUUUUACAAAUGUAAGAAUACUAAAUAAGCUACUUGAAUGAUUUCUAACACUCAUAGCAAAAAGUCUGGUCAGUUGUGCCGCAAUUCCUACAGAAUAGUUACAUUGACAAGCUUUGCAGUGCAGCGACCUUUACUGCUGUGGUGAUUUGAUACUUGCUUCAGUAAUUCAUCCAUACAUAGUAGAAAAAUUAACCCGUCACUCAACCAAAACCCUCUUAUUAUCAUUGCUUGCACAGUUACAAAAUUAGACAGAUUGGCAGACAGUAAAGUCACAUAAACAAGAAUUUGCCUAAUUAUCUCUCCUUUGUUUCUGUUCCAGUAAAUUAAAGUUUAAAUAAAAGAUUCCAUUGGCCAGUUAACCAAGAUGUGUUUUAUCAUUUCUUCAUUGCCAAGCUUAGUAAUGAUGCUAAAUAGGUAUUGCUUCUGCAUAGCACCAAUUCUGUGUGAGUUUUAUAGAGGAGGGUCAACUGCAUCAUGCUAGGGAUAGAGUUCUCCACCAGGGAGGAAUAUGAAGAGACCCCUUGUAUUAUACGACUGGAAGAUGUUUGUACUGUCAAAGUAAACUCUUGGAUCAUAUGCACAAACCAGUAUUGAAAUAAGGAACGUUGCCUCAGUUUAGCACUGGGGAUUUCCGCUUUUAGAAAUUUAUGUCCAAAAAGAGCCCUUAAUUGUUCCUCCAUUGGUUGAAAGACCAUAUUUUUCUUCUUCUUGGAUUUCUCUGCCUAACUAGAGACUUUUUAGAAGUUUUAACACUCUCCUAACGAAACAGCAUUGGAUAGAAACUCACACUCUUGCUGAUUGUAUAUGCAUGAUAGUGUCCAUGGCUAAUAUUUAAUCACUUGCUCAGUUACACUUUUGUUUUCCUUCUGGUAGUUUUCUGUCCCCAGUUCAUAUACAGUCUAAGCUGAAUCUGUUUGAGACCCAGGUAUUUUGCAUUGUUUUGUUAAUCAGACCCGAAUGCUUUUAUUCUAUUAUCUUUCAAAAUCUGCUGUUUUCAAAUCCAAUGUAUAGGUCUUCUACAUGCUGCCAUACAUUUGAAGUAUGUCUUUGCCCACAUUGUUUUGCGGAUGCUUGCAAAUUUUAAGCCCCACCUCCACAGCACUGGUGUAAGCUAAGGCUUUGUUGUCAUAGCUACUGACAGUCAAUUUAAUUAUAGUAAAAAUCAUUACAAACAGCACCCCUGAGAAACGAGUGGCUGUAAUCUAAUACUUACAUGUAGAAACUCGUGAGAGAACAGUUAUCUGAAAUGUACUUUGAAAUUGCUAAUUAUUCUUAACUCUUUUAUUUCUAAUCUUCAGUUUCAUAAAGUAUCGAAGUGGCUUACAACAUAAAAAAUAUAAUAAAACCACUCCAUAAAUAUCCAUACAGCAUAAUUAAAAAGUCAAUAAAACAGAUAGCAGUUGGUUAAAAAGAGAAAUUAAUAUUGUGAAGGCCUGGUUACAGGAACUAAAUAUCAGCUUUUACUACUUCUCCUGAGAUUCGAAGGUCUGUUCAGUGUAAGAAACGAAAGCAAAUAACUUGGUUUUUCCUUCCCCGCAGAAAGGAACCUCCCAUAUCAUUGGGCAUCUUCCCACUACCUCCAGGAGAUGCACUUCUCACGCCUGAUAAUCACAGAGGAACAGUGGAAACUCCUGGGUCAGAUAAUUGGAAGUUCCGUGAACUAAGUCAGCCACGCUCCCGCACCAGUUUAAAGGUGACCUAGUGCUUUUAUUUUUCCCAUCUGGUGAGGUUUUAAUAAUAUGUUUCCUAUGAUGCAUUGUGCCUAGUUGAAACCUAAACCCCAAACUAUCUUUCUUUAGUUCUUAAUCUUCUUAAAAUGAGAGUCUUUCCAGGUGAGUUGAAGGUGAGUCUUUUUUCUGUUAUAUGUUUUGAUGAAUGGGUCUCAGGUUGCACUGGACUAUGGGGGAAGACCAGGAUCUCAAUUCUGGUUUUCCAGAUACACCACACCCCUUUUCACCAGUUUUCUAGGUGGGUAGAGUGCCUUUUCUAACUUCUCCAUUUCUUGUCUCUCUGAAUUAACUAAUAUUUCAAGCUACAGUUUUCUUUUAGAUGGGUUGGGGUUAUGUGUUAGGUUUUUUCAACUACACUAUACUGCUCAGAUAACUGUUGCAUAAUGUCUGUAACCUUUAGAAGUAUUUAAGGUAUCCUAGAUUGUACAGUAUCCACCUAGCAGGCAUUUGUUAAGCUCUGAAGUGGUUUACUAAAAUCCACUGAGUACAAGUCGGAAGUCAUUUCCAUUUAAAUUUCUUAAAAUUCUUUAGGCAGUUCAAUAUCGAAAUCUUUAAUCAGUUGUUACAGCUUGUGGUUGAUUAUCCAACAACCAAAAGGUGAUGUUCCUUGAUCAUUCUUCCAUGUCUGUGUACAGCUAGGUGGAUUAUGUGCAAGUCAAAUUGUCUGGUUAAGGGACAUCUUUUGCACUCUUGGGACACUGUGAAAUUGUAUUCUGAAAUGCAGAAACUAAAGUACUGUAAAGUAAACUGAGAAAAACAAUGUCUCUGAACUUGUGCCUGAUGCUUAUUCUUUCAUCAUGUGUGCCAUUUGACACAGCUCUAAAGCCCCUAGUUGCUCCACAAUUUGUGCCAGUACAUUCUGUGCCCCCACAUCUCUCUUAGAUCCUAUGUAUGUAGCCCAUAGGAGGCCUUAGGUGAGUUGCAUCCAUAUAGAGUGUCUCCCUGUCCCUUUACAGUUGUAAAGUAGAUUGUACACAUGAGUGUGGAAAGUAAAGAAGGCAAAGAAUAGGUAAAGGUAAAGGACCCCUGGACGGUUAAGUCCUGUCAAUGGUGACUGUGGGGUUGUAGCGCUCAUCUUGCUUUCAGGCCGAGGGAGCCGGCGUUUGUCCACAGACAGUUUUCAGGGUCAUGUGGUUGGCAUGACUAAACCAUUUCUGGCACUGUGGAACACCAUGACGGAAACCAAAGCUCAUGGAAACGCUGUUCACCUUCCCGCCACAGUGGUACCUAUUCAUCUACUUGCACUGGUGUGCUUUCAAAUUGCUAGGUUGGCAGGAGCUAGCAACAGGAGCUCACCCCAUUGCAGGGAUUCAAACCACCAACCUUCUGAUCAGCAAGCCAAAGAGACUCAGUGGUUUAGACCACAGCGCUACCCGCAAAGAAUAUUGCACAUUUAAGGUGGGAUAGAUAGUUAAAGGAAGUUGUCAAGAAUGUACAGGCUAUACAAUUGGAUUACGGAAGGGGACAGUAAAAAGAUACAACUCUUGUAACCCGCUUUGUAAACCCUUCAGGCUAAAUUGCAUGCUUGGGGAGACUCCCUCCUAACCGAUUAGCAAAACCAUUUCUUGGGAAGAGCAAAAUUUGCUAAGUUAUGUGUCUAUUCUACACAAUACUCCAUUCUGUGUUGUUGGGGUUUUUUUGCCCUGCUCUUUCAUGAAAGACAUCAGGGUGGUCUUCCUAGUUCUUGCCCUACCUGUUUUAUCCAAACAGUCACCCUGUGAGAUUAGUUAGGGUGAAAAAUGAUAACGGUGUUAACACAUAAUGCCAAGUUAUAGUUAAUUCUAACCAUGGUUUGUUGAAUAUACCAUGAAUCAUAGAAACAUAUAAAUUGCAGCUUGUUUCUCCCAAGCUUGAUUUGUUUUCCCCUCUGCUCUUGCCUCAUACCUUUAUAGCUGGACAUAUGCCUGGGGUGGCCAGAUAAACCAUGGUUAAGCAAGAAUGCCAGGUUCAGACAUAACACCAAACUGUAAUUAAAAUGAACCACAGUUUGUAAGCAAACAGCAAACUAUAGCAUCGUAUUCUGGCUUGUUGCCAGAAAACAAAAAUGGUUAGUCUGCUGGGCCGGGUUCACACUUUGGCUAAAUAGGCAAUGGUUUUGCGUUAUGUGCUCAAGUCCCUUGGCUAGUCCAGUGAGCUUCACUACCAAGUGGGGAUUUGAACCCAGGCUUUUCACUAUUCUAAGUUUGAUAUUCUUGGUGGUAGUCAAGGUAUACUCUGGGUAGACCAACUGAUAUUAAUGAACCUAGCUUAGCCAUAUUAAUUAAUAUCAAUGAGCCUAAGUAAAUCUUGGUUGAAUGUCAGCCCCUAUUUGCCGACAUACCCGCUGUUUGCCUAUGACUGUGCCUCCUGCCCCAGAUGAAUAGAGGAAGGGCAGGAGGAGAAUGCAGGAUUUUUGAGGCCAGAAUAGAUGUCACAACACUUAAAAUCGUAAUGAGAAAGUAAGGAAAAAUAAAUUAAUACCCGCAGUCAGUUUUGGAUGAAGCAUUAGCUAAUGUUUGCCCAGACAGUUGGAUAAUUCAAGUGCAGGACCAGAAAUGCAGCAGUUGCAGUAGAUCAGUAGAAUUCUAAUUAUGAAACUGGGCUAAUCUGUUUCUCGGUUAAACUAUUCAAACUAAGCUCUGAGGUUUUCCUUGGCCCCCUUCUGUUGGCAGUUGGGCCGUUUGUUGUGAGCGUUUUGUCUGCUAAGGUCAGUGAGUGGUCUGUGUGCUGCAUUCUUUCCUGGAUGCAGCUGGAAUACAGACGUUGGGAAACGUUUAAACAAAAGUCAAGUUCUUCUUCCUCUUGAGUGCGGAGCUCUGUGGAUGCACUUGGUUACGACUGCAGUUUCCUCUCCAUGAGUGAUUAGGCUAAAUUAUUGAGGAGUGUCGGAACUGUGUGGCUUUUUUUGGAAGAGUGGGUGAGAUCCGAGAAAUUGGGAGAGGAGAAGGGCAGUUGUCUUAAAUAGUGUACAGUACUUUUAAAAUGUUCUACGAGUUUCUGGCUGGGGCAGGCUGUGAAAGCAUGUUACUAGGCUUGACCAUUAUCAUUUAAUAUGCCCUGGACUGGGAGGCACAACAUGAUGGAGAUGGUCAUCAGUUUCCAGCAUGGAGUUAUCUGAUCUGCAGGAGAGAGUGAGGAACACUGGCCCAGGGCUGAGUGGUUGCAGUCCUAGACCAGAAUCCAGUAAUUUAAUGUUUAAUGAUUAAAGUGGUCUUUAAGUAUCUCUGCUUCAUACCGAUGUACUUACUACCAAAAUGCACUUACUAGAGGGUAAGCUCAAUUUAACAUAGCGGGAUUGACUUCUGAGUACACACAAGGUUGUACAGUGGUACCUCGGGUUAAGUACUUAAUUCGUUCCGGAGGUCCGUUCUUAACCUGAAACUGUUCUGUUAGCUAAAGCACCACUUUAGCUAAUGGGGCAUCCUGCUGCUGUCGUGCCGCUGCCGCACGAUUUCUGUUCUAAUCCUGAAGCAAAGUUCUUAACCCGAGGUAAUAUUUCUGGGUUAGCGGAGUCUGUAACCUGAAGUGUAUGUAACCCGAGGUACCACUGUACUUUCAACCCUCAAUUUUGUUUCCUCGUAAGCAGUUUUGGAAGAAAUGUUGCCUUAUUCCACAAAGGCAUGAAACUACAAGCUUCUCCUUAAGUGGGUUUAUUACAGGCUGGACCAGGGAAGAUACUUUAUGACAAAACUAGAAGGAUAUAAACCCAAAUAUGUCUGCAGUCUCCAAAUUGUCAAGCUUAAGCUGGAAGGAUAGUUAUACUGUGGGCAAAAACACUUUGCUAAAGGGACGGAAUUCACAUGGCCCAAAUCUGGAAGCUGAAAGAAGUGUUAAGAUCGAGGAAGCGAGCCAAGAGGGAGCUCUCCAGCUCGCGCCUCAGUUUAAAUGGGGCCCGGCCACACCUCCCCAGCCAGUGGAUUGUCUGGCUGGCAAAUGACGUGGCUGGGAACCUCCAAGUGACAUGGGACUUCGUCCCCCGCCCCCAAAGGGUGGUGGGCGGCCAUGUGGUCCACUGCAAUUCCUCCCCACUGGGAAGUGGAGCGGAUUUGCUAAAGGGACGGAAUUCACAUGGCCCAAAUCUGGAAGCUGAAAGAAGUGUUAAGAGGGCAGGUCAAGUGCCAAGGAAAUGGGGGUGGGGUGGUUUGGAGUGAGUAAGGCUGGCAGGAGCAAGGGGAAACACAGGUGUGAUUCAGAGAACAACCUGUGAUGGUGGUUGCAAUGAUGGAAGAGUGAAGCAGAAUGCUUGGAUGGGACCUAGGUUAGGUGUUGGUGAAUCUGGUACUUCUGGGCAAGGCCAAAAAGCGAUGGUAGAAUUGUUCACCAGGUCCCAGAAUUGCCCUGAUGCAGCAAGAUUGCUGCUGGCCAAAGUGCUUCAGUGUACAGGAUUUUUAUUCAAGGUGAGGCACUGAUAUUUGCAUCUGCCAUAUGUAGUAUCUAUGUCACAGAGGAAUGUGCUACCGCUGAUGUUCUUCCCUCUUACCAGUUUAUUGGCAGACGCCCAAGCUUGGAUCAGAAUUAUUUGCUAAGUAUUUCAUUGUCUGCAGUUGGGGCCAUACUAUAAAUAAUGAUACAGAAAACUAGUGUUUUAAGCAAGAGUCUGUCCCAUUCAUAUGUAAAGCAGGGGAUACAAUUUAAAUCUCAAAAGGGGCAUAGGCAAGGAGUUGCUUGACCCUUCACCUUUCACGUAUCUGACCUUGGAGAAGUGUCGUGAGAGGAUUCUUGACAUAACAUUGAAAUUGAGAUUUUCUCUUUUUGUCAUAUGCCACUAUAAAUGGAUCUGUUGAAAUACCACUCUGAUGUACUUCUUUAUGCAAAUGCUAAGCAAGUGUUCUGUAAAGCUUUGAAAUUUAACGCUGGAUUGCCCAGUGUUGCAUUUGUAGUUUCAAUCUGUUUCAACAAUAUGGUCGUAACCCGUUAUUUUGCAGUAUGAAAGAGGAUCACAAGGACUUGUGUAGGCAAAAUGUCUCUUAAAUUCAGCUAUGUUUUCUGCUUGUAAUACACUUAGUUCUUACAUUAGUUCCUGGAAAAAGUACGUUUUCUGAGCCAUUGAGAAUGAUCUUGGAACUUUCCAUGGCACAGUUUGCUCAACUGAAUACUAAGAAGAAGCAGUACAAUUUCUGUGUUGACCAUUAUUUGUUUACCUAACAUAUAGAAUCUCUCUCUCUCCUCCCUCCUUUCACUGUAAAUGAUUUCAAAGCACCUUGGAACAAUAAUAAAAACAAAUAAAUCAGACAAAAAUGCACUGUCAAAAAGCAUUUAAAUCACACGUAUAGAAACAGCAGAGCCAGUAUAAACAGUAUAAACAGAGAUGUUGAAUACUAUUACAACCAUGGGAGUAUAGGACAGAUUUUUCCUCGCUCCUAAAAGAUAACUAAGAUGGUGUUAUGCAGACAUGUCUAGGAGGAGAACUGGCUCCAACAAGUCUAGUAUCCAUCCGGUGACUGGGAAUGUUAUCAUAUAAAUUCUGUAAUUACUUUGAAUUUCUCUACACUUUAGGAUGAACUUUCUGAUGUUAGCCAAGCAGGUUCCAAAUGUACUACGCCAGUCUUAACUGCUGCUUCAGAUGUCCUUGCGCCUGCUGAAUCUCCCUCGAAAGAACACAAGGAAGGGCUUGAGAAGGACUCCGAUAUAGGGAACAAGAACAUUGAAGUGCAAGUAGCCCAAGAAACAAGAAAUGUGUCUAUUGGUAAGUUCCUAGAAUAGAUUGUGUGGCUAGAGCCAAUACUAUGCGCACUUUAAAACUGAAUUUUUUUCCUGUCUUAUGUGUAAAUAUGUGUGCGUACUAAGUUCCAGAAGAAUAGUUAUUGAUUAAUAUUUAGAGGAACGGGUGAUGUUCUUGAUUAAUAUUUAGGAAACAUGGUGUUCUUGUGUAAUAAGGUGCAAGUAUGUUUGGGUGUGGUUAUCACACGGGGGUUGGGGACAAAAUUGUCCCCAUGGCUUCCAAAUCCAUUGUAUGGUCUAUGAAAUAUAAAUAUUCAUACCUCCUUUAUGUACUUAAAUUAAUAAAAUGUACUUAGAACGAAUUAAUAAAAUGUUAAAGAUCUAUAAACUGGAAAAAAGCUAUUUCUUAUAUGGAAAUGUGUUUUGUGCAGAAAGUGUCUUCUUUGUGAAGUCACCCUUGCAGUAAAAAAUUACUGUAACAUUUAAGGGGCAAUGGAGUGGCCAUUUAACUUGUUGCCAGUGUAAUUUUAUAGUUCAGAUGUCUGUUCAGCUGUGAAUCCCUCUGGUCUUUGGCAGUUUUUAAUCUCAUAAUUUAGCGAUUGCUUCAUUGGGUUGCUGUGAAAUUAAAAUAAGAUACCUAGUAGUUCCCUUAAGCUCUUGGGAUAGGAUGAAAAAGAAAUGGGAAUAAAUAGUUACUUCUGCUCUGUUCCCCAGGUUCUAAUGAAAAUGAAGACAAAUCUGAAGUUCAGGCAAUCAUUGAAUCCACUCCAGAGCUGGAUAUGGAUAAAGACCUUAGUGGAUAUAAAGGGUCAAGGUAUUUUGCUGAACACUUCUCAUCAGUAAAGAACUUGGGGUGGGGGAAUGUAAAGGGCAGGGUUCAGCUAAGUUGUUGCAUGGAAGAGAUCCAUUCAUGCAAUGGGCCUUUCCCCCCUCCUCCUGUGCACCCCCAUACCCCCUAGGCCUGCCCCAUAUGACUGGGGAAACCCUCCAGAACAGGUUUAAGUGAAGGCGGGGGUGGGAGAAAGUCCCAUUGCGCAGCAGAGCUUUGUUCCCUGCAUGCAUACCCCACUUAAUGCUAUGUUGAAUUCCACGUAUAAGAUCCAACAGUCUUGUUGGGCAAAUUCCAGGACCCCGAAGACCCAUACAUGGCCCACGUUGCAUAGGACGCUUGGGAAUGUCUGAAGCAAUACAGUUGUCCACUGUGCUGCUGCUCUGCUUUUGCCUGCCCGCCCGCCCAGUGCAAAGGGUCCUGAUCUGCUGAGAAGCAGCAGUCAUUGUCCUUUUACUCAGGGUCUUCCAGGAGAGCUAAAGACAGUGUGUGAGAGAGCAGUGGUGAAGCUGCAUGCUCUGCUACCGGGGGCGGAGAGCAGGCUGAGGGGCAUGGCUGGCAUCCCGGAGGGUGUGGCAUGCUGUCCGUGGGGGUGUGGCAUGCCGCCUGUGAGGGCGUGGCUUGCGUUCUGGGGGCAUGGUGUGCCACCUAUGGGGGCGUGGCGCCCGGCACGUGGGUGGGUGUGCAGCGCGUGUCCGGGGAGGCCGCCGCGAUGUCACCCUAUUGGAAUAGUGGUGCCAAGGGUGGUCCGCGCCCUCCGCACCCCGUUCCUCCGCCAGUGCAAGAGAGUCUUGUGCUGCUUCUGAUCUGCUUAAGUGCUCCAGAAUGCAAGGGCAGAGGGCUCUUGGGGUGAGAAGUUAAGGAGGGCUGACCUCCCACUGGUGCUGUGGGGAGGUGGGCCAGGGGAAAAGAGUGAAAGCCAGUCAAGUGGAUGAAAGGAAGAGUAACCCAGGUCACGAGCUGUGCAUUUGGGGUAAGUGGGGAGGAAGCAUUACCUUGACACAUGUCUCUGCCCCUUGACAGUUAAGCGCACCCACUGGUAGGUUUCUAGCACAUAAUUCUAGAGACACACCUGACUGUAAUGCCUGACUUAUAUUGGCGGUUGCCAAUGUGACACCCUCCAGAUGUUGUUGGACUACUACUCCCAUCAUCCUCAGUUGUUGGCCAUGCUAGCUGAGGGUUUAUGGAUGUUGUAGUCCAACAAAAUCUGGAGGGCACCACGUUGGCUACCGCUGCUUAUUGCUGUGUUAGCUUUUAUGGGCUGGAACCCACAUUGUCAGACGCAUGAAGUGAUUUAGAAGACCAUGUGCCCACACACAUUGACACUAAUUUGUGUGCGUACAUUUACAUAUUUUUAAAACUUUUAUUCUCCUGACUUUUAAAUUCCAAUUCUGUUGUGCAGCACACCUACCAAAGGCAUAGAGAACAAAGCAUUUGAUCGUAAUACAGAAUCACUGUUCGAAGAACUAUCUUCUGCUGGCACUGGUCUGAUAGGGGAUGUGGAUGAAGGAGCAGACCUACUGGGUAAGUGGGUAUUCUAAAAAAAUCCUGUUGAUUUCCAUCCAUUUCUUCAGCUUAAGAACUGUGAAGGUAAUUGUUCUGUGAGAGUUGAGGAAUGAAGUUGUUGAGAAAAGUAUUCAUGUUCAGUACUUCGUUUUAAGUAAGUUUCUUCUAUAUAUAAAAUGCUUACUAAUUAAAAAUGGUGAAGUUGAAAACAUUCAGUCUCCUACAUGAGGUUUUUACCAAAGGGAGUCUUUCGACUAUUUAUUCAGAUCUCUGCUUUAGUGCAGUCCUAGGUUGCACUCAGAAGUAAGUUCCAUUGAGUCCCUGAUAGGUUUGGGUAAGGUUUCAGAGCAGGUGUAGCAGCUACUCACCAGGUGAGAAGGAAGUCAUGUGACAUGGGGAGGAUAUCUGAAACAGCCCCCAGAACCAUCAGCCUGUACAAUAAUAUGCAGAGGCACAAGACUACCCAAAUAUGAAGUGAAUCUAGCAUUUGCUCUGAGUUUUUAAGGACUGGUGAAAUAACCAGUUUAAUUUGGUAAAUGGCAAGCUGAAAAUAGAGCCCUCAUUGGCUGCUCCUGUCUCUAUCAGUCAUCAGCAUACAAGAGCAGGAGGGGCCUCAUUUCUGAAAUACGGUCAUCCUCCAUUCUUUGAUAUGCAGAGGUCCCUCUCGAUACCCUUUCCAAUGACCCCCAUCCAGAUCCAUUACAGCCUAGAUGAUUUUUCAGAUCGGAACUUUUCCACCAGCUAUAGUUAAAGGAGAUGAGCCCAGUUCCACAGUCAGUUCUGUUAAAGAAUGUAAGACUAUCCCCAUUAGGAGGAUUGCUAAACCUACGUAAUAAAUAAACCUAGCACUGCUCAAACUUCGUAGAUUCCAAUUUGAUGCAAAUCAAGGCCCAAUAGCAGUUUGGUGGGUUGGUUCUUGCAGGCUGUCAGCAGAUGUCUUUUGUAGUGUCAAACAUUGGCAUCAUAUGGAAUCAGUAAGCCAGAUGCCUCUAUAGCAGCCCUAUACUCCGCUGUAAGAGGGGCACAUUUUGUAAUGUACACUAUUUCCCCAAGCAGAUUUUCUAUUUUGGGUCACGAAGAAGACCAAAGAGGCCCAUUUAAAAGGAUCAGAAAAAGGCAAAUGUUUGUAAUUGCUAAAUAUUAUUUUGGAUAGUGAGCCUAAGAUUCUAGCUAGCCAUGGGCACAAUAGAAGAUGAAGGUUUGGUUACUGAGUGGAAAAACUCAAGCUGAAUGGGAUUCGCCUGCCCCUCUCCCUCCUGUGCUUCCAGAAAAGUCUCUAGAGGGUCAGUGGCCCCUUCUGAAGAGCAUGCGAUGAGGAGUGAUGGGCUGCAGUGGGAAGAGGGAAUCGCCCAAAAUCAGCUGUAGGCCAAGUUUGCAAAAUGUCAUAUUUGCAGAGCUACAAGCGAGACCUCGAAUGCAGAUUUAAAUUCAGCAAAUGGAAUAGUAGUAGUCUAGAAGUACUCACAGAAGGAAACAAUGUUGACAAGGGAGUGUUUCCAGCUGAUCAAGAAGAAAAAUAGACAACUACCCAGUUGUGUCGCAUCUCUGGGAUGGUUGCCAUGACUUUGUGUGAAAAUGUCAGAAUUGUUCAGGUUAGCCAGAAUCCUCACUUCCUUUUAGUGUACAUGCCUGAACUGUGUAACCCAAGCACAAGCAUUAAAGGGCCAGGUGGGUCGAGCUCAACUGCCGUGCUCGCCCUGAUAGAGCACAUAUGGGUGCCUUCUCCAUACCACACACUCCAGGUUCUGUUGAGCAAUUGAGGUAGGCCAAUAUCACUUGGCAACUGCGGCUAGUGGGAUUGCUGUUUUGUCUGCUCCCCUAUGGCGCACCUUCAUUUUUAUGCUAUAAUGUCAGCACAGCACGGUAUACGCCAGGCACUGCUGCAGUCACAGGAAUGAAAAUAAAGGUUUCAGUAGUAGUUCUGCUCUUUCUGGAGUUGAGCAGGAAACAUGCCCUGGCAUAGCCCAGGUGCCAGGAUUUUUUUAUUUUUUUUUAUUGGAAGGUAGUUACCCUAGUUACAAAACUCUGCAUGCAGCCUUGGCUAGAAUUAUGCGUUUCAACAGAUGUGCUGCAGAUACUCAAGUACAUUUUAUUCUCUUUGUGGUGGGCAAUAUAAAUUUCGUUCAUCUAUUUCAAACAGCAUUUAUGAUUUGACUUUAUUUAAAAAUUAAAAAAGCAUUACAAGUAUUUGGCUUUCGAAUAAGGGGGAGUCACAUAUGUAGCUUGGUGAAUAGCAUCAGUCUUCUCCAUUCAUUGUCCUCUGAAAUUAAGUUGGCUGAUUUGAAUGAAUAUACGAUGGACAGCAUUAACUAGUGAAAUGGAGAGUCUUGACAUUAAAAGGACAUCAGUAAUGGGUUUAUUAAUGAGUUGCUUUUAAAGCUCUUGAUGUCUGUUUUAAGAGAGGGUUGCAAACACAACUCGCAUAGCCCGGAUUAGGGAUGAGGAACCUGCUACCCUCUUGAUGUUGGUGGAGCACAGUUUCCAUCACUCCUGACCUUUGGCCAUCGUGGCUGGAUGGGAAUAGAAUCCAACAUUUGAAGGGUAGGAGGAUCCCAGACUUUAGCCUGGAUCUUCUAGGAUUUGAAGGGAAACGACUAAAUGCGGCAGAAUAAUCCUAAUGUGUUUAUACAGAAGUCCUACUGAGUUCAGUGGGACCCAAUUUGAAAUAAGUGUGCAUUUUGUAUGAAAUGCAUUGUUUUGUAGCGUGAUAUGCAAUAUAUCUGCUGUUUGACUUAUGGAGCAUGGUUCCACAAUGUUAGUUUACAUGGGAUUCUCCAAUUUUCUUUCUCUUGGGCUGCAUACCCAGGGGAAUAUUCUGGUGUGUAUGCUUUUUAUAUUUUCGAAAGUGAUUGUUUUGAAAUUCAAUAUUCUUGGCUGCUGCUAUCAUAAUAUAUGUUGUUAUUUUGGUUUUUAUCCUGCUUGGUAUCUCUCCCCCCCCCCAACCUUUUUGUUUGAUAAUCGUUUCUCUGUUAGGGACACCAGCAGUUAAAAGUGUAGUGCAAAUAACUCAAGUUUAUCUCUACGAACAGCACUUUUUGAAAUCCUCUAAAAACUCAAACUUCAGCCACUUUUGAAGAUAAGACCCAUUAUUUUCUACAGCUAUAGGCAGAUACUGGCCCAAAUUCUGUCUUGUAAAACCACCCAAACAUGGAGAAGCAGUUGGAAAUAAGAACAGGGUUUGAAGUAUUUUGUAUUCUCAUUUUGCAUCCUCCCUGGGGUCUUGGGAUGAAGGGCAGUAUAAACAAACCAACAAACCUUCUGAAACCAUCAUGACUGUUUGCUGAUCACUGAGUACAGGGCCCUCUUCUUAUGUAUUUAAAGCACAAGCACAUGUCAAACGCAUUGUAGGAUGUAAAUUGAAGAGCUGGCUAGUUGGAGGGCAUGAAGAAUGCAUUGUGAUGCUGCUAUCCUGGCAGAAUGAGGGCAGGGUUCCUUUCUCCUGUGCAGCAAGUGCAGUACAUAGGAAGCUGCCUUAUACUGAUUCAGAUCACAGGUCCACCUAGCUCAGCAUUGGCAGCAGCUCCUCGGGGUUUCAGGCAGAGUUCUCUCCCAUCCCUACCUGGAGAUUGAACCUUCUUGAGACCUUCUGCGUGCAAAAUAAAUGCUCUGCCAUUGAGCUGCAGCCCCUCUCCAACAGGGAGACUUCAGGCAGGUGGGUUUUGAUCUGUGCAUCUCUGUCAGCACUGUGAGAGCAGCCACAUAAAAGCAAGAUACCUUGUUUCUCUGGCAUCAGUCAGCUUUCCAUGCGUUUUAGAGAAUAUGAUCCUUAUUUCUCAAAAGAGUACAUUCAGUAUGCUUAAGGAAUCGAGGAGCAAGAUAUUGGCCUUGUUCCAGUGACUUCGUCCACUACUCCAGUGGGUGCACAGAGCUCCCCUCCUUGUGCAGGUACUUACCUAUUCAUUUCAAUAGAGUGGGCAGCUUGUGGUGUAAAUAUAUGGACCUGCCCUCCCUGCCUCCCGCCAGGUGAGCAGGGCAGCCCAUUUGCUGUGGAGAAGCACUAAAUUACUACGUGCUUAUUCUGUUUGAGGAGUUGGUCUCAUUUGCUCAGUUUUGCAAAUACAUGUGUAAAUAGCAAAUACGUUCCAACGCUAUACACAUUUUAGCAGGGUCUUAAUUUUCCUAGAUUUUCCCAGAAACCUGUAACCUUUUAUCGGCCUGUGUUCUAAGAUCGAUGUAAGAAGGGAAGCCCAGUUUAAACACCCAUUGGGUUUUUUUUAAUGGUGAGCCAUCAAGAAUGUAGCUAUGACAUUGCCGCUUCCCCAAAAUAUUAUUGGAACGUUAUAACUUUAGAUACCUUUCAGAGGUCUGAAAUGUGUAGCUGUUGGUAUAUGAUAAUCUGUAAAGAUCAACUCCCCCCCCCCAAACACACACUUUAAUAAAAUAACAGCUGCCAGUGUUUGUAAUACCAUUUAUACCAACCAACCAUGUAUGGCCUCCACCGUCCCUUCCCCAAAAAGAUACUGCAGAGAUGGGGAAAGUGCAGAAUAAGGCAGCUAAAAUGGUCAAGAACAUUUUCUGCCUUGUGGAACUUUAGGAAAAGAAAAAGGGGUGAUGUGGGACAAGUAAAUUAUGUGUGGCUUGGAAAGACUAGAUGGGUGUGUGUGUCCUUUUGGCUUUGCCUUGGGGACAUUCAGUAAAUUUGGGCACUACCUUAUUUUCGUGUGUGUGUGUGUGUGUGUGUGUGUGUGCGCGCUCUCUCUCUCUCUCUCUCUCUCUCACACACACACACACACCCCUUCAUCAAAAAGAACCAAGGAAAGGAAUUCAAAACGAACCAAAGAAAGAAGUGCGUGGCUGACAUGCAACCCAUAAUUAACUGAUUAAAUUCCCUAUUUUAAAAUGUGGUGAUGGCCAUGGGCAGGUGGCUUCAAGAGGCAGUGGCAGGAGGUGGGGAUUAGUCAGUCUUGAAGGGUGUAGGUCUUUCUACAACCUCCCUGGCUAAAUGGAACCCCUUGUUUCAGCAGUGUUACCUUUUGGGAUUUAGAUUCCUGGGGACAAACUAAAGAAAAAAGGCCUCAUAGCCUCUAUAUGGGUUUCUUGGAGGGUCCAGUGUUAGAGACAGGAUGCCAGACUAGAGCAAUGCUUGGUCCACUGAGGCUUCUCCUAGAUCUUAACCAUACUUUUUGACACUACUCUCUUUUAACUGUUUUUGUCUUACUAUACGAGUCAUUUUUAAAUCAGAACAUAAUUUGGCUUCAGGCGUUUACUGCUGGCUUUGCUUUGAAAUCACUCAUAUCUCUAGUAUUGUGCUGUGCCCCACUCAUACUCCUCUCCUUACAUAAAAUAUUUCUUCUUCUUCUUGCUCUUCAUGGGAUUCAUGGGCUUUAAAGACCAUAAUUUCUUUGGUAAGGUAUCAUCUCAUUUGGGGAACAUUUGCAAGGGCGUUGCAUUGUCUUUGAGCUUUUUCAUGUUCUGCAUCUCUUCUCUGUGUUGUGACACGGCUUUCAGCAUCAAAUAUAGGUAAUUUAAAUUUGUAGUGUAAACUUUAAUUGAUUUUCAAUACUUGUUGUUUUAAUUCAAUUUAUUUUCUGCAAGAGCAGUUAAACAUUGGAUUCUUGGACUGAAAAUAUUUUGCAUUGUUCUUCUGGGCUUCAGAGAGCCUACACUUUAAAAGUCCAGCAGCAAGAUUUAGUUUUGAAAACUGUCGUUUCAGCUAUUAAGUAAUCAGGUGCUUCGAUAAACUCCAAGAACAAUCCUACCUGCAUAGGUUGUUCUUCCAUUUUUAUAUUUUAUUGAAUGUUUGACAGGUGGCUUGUAAACCAUUUUGGAAAUGUUCAUUGAGAAGCAGUAUGCAAUUCUAUUAAAUAAAUGACUGAAUACAUUUCAGUGGAGGAAGCUAAUCUGCGUGCAAGCAGGGCAGUACCUUCCAUUGAAAUUAAUAUGGAGUCCCACUUACAUAGUAGCCCCACAUGAACCUCGGAGCAGCAUACACUAAACUCUGUAUCAGGGUACAUAAGUUUGAGAACUGGCACUUGCACUAGUAAUUUCAAUGUUUUUAAGCUGUUUACUCUGUUCUGUCUUUGAAAGGAAUGGGUCGUGAAGUUGAAAACCUUAUCUUAGAAAAUACACAACUGCUAGAAACCAAGUGAGUAACUUUUUCAGCUGUUGAACAUAGAAUUGCUUCUGCUAAACUUGUUUUAAAAUUGAUCAUGAGACUGGUUGUUGGUUCAUAAAGGAUAUAAUCAAUUAUUCCCAAGGCCCUUGUUCCAUAUAUCUAGGUGACAGAUGUAGGUUAGUUGAUGCUUUAGGUGUUUGCACUAUUUUGAUCUCUAAUGGUUAAUAUAAUUAAUAUAAUAGGCUGUCUAGUCAUGCUGGCCACAUGACCCAGAAAGCUGUCUGUGGACAAUCGCCAGCUCCCUCGGCCUGAAGUGAGAUGACUGCCGCAGCCCCAUAGUCUUCUUUGGCUGGACUUAACCAUCCAGAGGUCUUUUACCUUUUACCUUACAUAUUCCUUUAGUUCAUGAAAGGUACAAAAUUACAAAAAGCACAGGGAAUCUCAGAACAUUAGAGCUUGGGUUUCUUAAGUGUAGCUGACCAUCAAUAGCUUCAGGACAAUCAGAAACAACUCUCCCUCAUUCACUAAUUUGUUUGUUCCCAAGAGCAGUGCUUUUUUUUUCUUUAAAAAUGUUUAGGGGUACUCUCAUUUUCCUACUUGAAAUACUGCCCCUCAGUGAGGCCAAACUUAGAUUCACAAAAUGUUUAGGGGUAUGAGUACCCCCAGAAAAAAGCACUGUCCAAGAGGAUCUGCUUAGAUGUCGCAGAGCUAGACUAGUUUAGGUGAGGCUGACGCUUUUGGGGCGCAGGGUUCACCAACCCUCUGGGGCCACACACAGUUGUGGAUAUGGCCAAAAGAGGGCGUGGCCACUCAACACUCUCACAUGUGCGCAGACACCCACAGGCAUACUGCCCCCCCAGGUGUACAGAUCAGAUAAGGAGGUGGGUUAUUGCCAACCACUGUGUUCACUUACCCAUAAUUUUCACCCUAUAAGACGCACCAAACCAUAAGACGCAACUAGUUUUUGGGGGAGGAAAACAAGGGGGAAAAAAUUCUGAAUCUCAGAAGCCAGAACAACAAGAGGGAUCGCUGCAGCGAAAGCAGCGAUCCCUCUUGCUGUUUUGGCUUCUGGGAUAGCUGCACAGCCUGCAUUCGCUCCAUAAGACGCACACACAUUUCCCCUUACUUUUUAGGAGGGAAAAAGUGAGUCUUAUAGAGCAAAAAAAAUACGGUAAUCAUUUUUGCUGCUGUCAAAUUUAGAGGGGUCCUGGGGGGCAAUAUUAGACACCCCCCAAACUGAGGGUUAGACAACCCUGAGCUAGUCCAAUAUGGCAUAUUAUACUAUUUGCCGAAUAAAAACAAAUGUUGCAAACUAAGUUUUGUGCAAGCUGUUGAAACUGCCGCUGUGAAUAGAAACGGGACACAAAAUAUGAAUCUGGGGCAGCCAGUGCCAACUUAAUGCUGCGGCAAUUGUUCCAUCAGUGCAAACAUUUCAGUUGGCCAGAUGUGGUGAUGCACCCUCCCCAUACUGCUCUGGGGAUUCUCCUGGUGGAAGUUGUAGUGCAGGCUUCCGCUAGUGGGACUCAUUAGUUUAAUACUGCCCAAAGCUAUUUUUGUAAGUGGGAGGAGGGGUAUAACUCUUUGUCGCUUGAAUUCCUAUGAUAGGAUUGAAAUAACGGUAGUAAAAAUAAAUAGAUCAAUUUCUGUGAUACUGGUAAAGGUAAAGGGACCUCUGAUCAUUAAGUCCAGUCGUGACCGACUCUGGGGUUGCGGCGCUCAUCUCGCUUUAUUGGCCGAGGGAGCCGGUGUACAGCUUACGGGUCAUGUGGCCAGCAUGACGAAGCCGCUUCUGGCGAACCAGAGCAGCACACGGAAACACUGUUUACCUUCCCGCCGGAGUGGUACCUAUUUAUCUACUUGCACUUUGACGUGCUUUCGAACUGCUAGGUUGGCAGGAGCAGGGACUGAGCAACGGGAGCUCACCCCAUCGCGGAGAUUCGAACCGCCGACCUUCUGAUCAGCAAGUCCUAGGCUCUGUCGUUUAACCCACAGUGCCACCCGCGUCCCUCAUGUGAUACUGGUAGAAAUGACCUAAUUACAGCUAUCUUUGUUGUCUUCAGAAAUGCCUUGAAUGUGGUGAAGAAUGACUUAAUAGCAAAAGUAGAUGAGCUCACCUGCGAGAAGGAUGUACUGAAAGGAGAGCUGGAAGCUGUAAAACUGGCCAAACAAAAGCUUGAAGAGAAGAACAAGGAAUUGGAAGAAGAACUUAGAAAGUGAGUGUAAUACGCAUGUUUCAUGUACAGCAGAGAAGAUCUUACCAGGGAUUCUGCAACUAACUUCACUGAUAACUCUUGCAUCUUGUUUAGAGCCCGUGCGGAAGCAGAAGAAGCAAGGCAAAAAGCAAAGGAAGAGGAUGAUGUAUGUAAUUGCAUUGGCAGCUUUUUAUCUAAUCCUGUUUCUUAUUUGUGUAACAUUGCUCUUAAAAUACCCUGACCUUUUGAAAGAGCUUUUGAGAAGAAGUGUGCACUUGUCCUUUCUUUAUCUGCUGCAACUCCUUCAGUUGUAGAGUGGACUAUGACAUCUGGGGGAUGCUGAAUUAGUCUGCUUCCUCCACCCCACCCCUCCUUUGGACACCAAGGGGCUGUGAGGGGCCGCUUCCAUUGUUGGCGCUGUUUCUUCCCACCCGUUACUGCACUUUAUAUAUAGCCAUAAACACCUGUAAAUUAUUUCGAAACGACUGUCUUAGGCCCUUAGUGCAGUUCAUUGGUGAUGGAAGAGAAAGUAACUCCUCCUUAAACUGUACAUAAUUUGCUACGUUAAGCAUUCUUGGUUCUCUCCCCCCCCCCCAUGCGCAGAGUGACAUUCCUACUGCUCAGAGAAAGCGAUUCACUCGGGUUGAAAUGGCCCGUGUCCUCAUGGAAAGAAAUCAGUAUAAAGAGCGGCUAAUGGAGCUCCAAGAAGCAGUGCGAUGGACUGAGAUGAUACGGCAAGUGCAGUUUUCUUAUGCUUGUUCAUAGUAUUUUACGGUUAUGGUUGCAAUGCUGGAUAGCUCUCUCUCUCUCUCUCUCUCUCUCUCUCUCUCUCAUAUAAUUGCAGUUGGUUGGACUAAAUAAUCCUUUGGUCCCUUCCAACUGUACCAAUCUGUGAUUCUGUGAAACUGCUGCUAUUAUUGUAUUGCAUUGUGGAGAGUAGAUUAUUUUUAAACAGUAAAAGGGGGCAGGACCAUCAAAGGGGAAGGGCUGUAGCCCUUCUACAUACUUCGCAUGUAGAACAUCCCAGGUUAACUUCCCAAGUAGGGCUGAGAGAGAGUCCUGCCUGAAAGCCUAGAGCAGCGGUUCUCAACCUGUGGGUCCCCAGAUGUUGUUGGACUACAACUCCCACCAUCCCUGAGCUCUGGCCUUGCUAGCUAGGGGUGAUGGGUGUUGCAGUUCAACAACAUCUGGGGACCCACAGGUUGAGAAAGGCUGCCCUAGAGAGUUGCUGCCAGUCAGGGCAGAAAAUAAUGAGCCAGUGUUUCUCAAGCUUGUGUUUCCAGCUGUUAUUGGACUACAACUCGUAUCAUCCCUGACUUCUGGUCCUGUUAGCUAGAGAUGAUGGCAGUUGUAGUCUGGUAACAGCUGGGGACCCAAGUUUGAGAAACACUGAGCUAGAUGGACCAGGCAGCUUCCUACCUUCCCCACCCAUUGCUUAGCUCUUGGCAUUCCAAAGCUGGGCACACAUUUAGUAUCAUAUCUCUGAAUAAAGAGAUGGUGCUUGGCAGACAGACUCCAAGGAGAUGAUCUGCAGCAGUAGGAGGGGCGUAGUGCACCUCUCACUUUGAACUUCUUCCCUAGGCACUCCUGUACUUUUAACAUCUCAUUUGGCUGCCACCUAAUGGCUGGAUGUGAUUGCUGCAGUUUAGUUUUACUACAGAAAGAUAUUUAGACCUCUUUGUGACUAAGUUGACUUGUUUUGCAUGAGCCACAUUCUACCUUGGAGCAGUCCCCGUAUUCCUUGCACAUGCAGCUUUUGCAGCCAUAAUGCUUGGUACUUCCUCUGAUGAAAUUAUUUUGUACACUUGGCUGUUUGGAACUGCUUUCCUAAUGCAUGCAUGAGGUGGACAAAACCGUCAUCGAGCAGUGGAUGAUCUUGUCAGGAACUUAACCUUCUGUAAAAUCGGCAGUGAACAAAAAAGCAGAUUGAAAAGCGCUUGAUGCCCUUACACUGUUUACCCUUCACCAGAUAGACUUCAUCAGAUAUAUGUGUGUGUGUUAUACCCUUCACCAGAUAUAUGUUUGUGUGUUUUUAGGGGAUGAGCGGUCAAAAUAGUAACUUGAAUUUUUAGAAUAUCCAGAUACUAAUUUUGUUGAACAGUAAUCUAACUUCAUGUACAACUAAACCCAGAACAGGUUUAGAGGGCAUGUGGCAGAUAGGAAGAAGUGAAGAAUGGAAAUGUCUUUUUGCUCAAACAGGCCUUGUUCUGCAAACACAUGCCCCACUUAGCACUAUGUUAAAUUGCACCCUGUUUAUUCAGCAAUCCCUCCCUACCCACCUCAUCAAUUUAAUAGUAUUGUAUCUUGCAACCAGACAAGAGCCAUUUGCUACUUUGAUGUGUCGUGCAGAACAUUCUAGGUCAUCCUAUUGCUCAGCUAAUUAGCUUUUGAUUUUUUUCUUCAGGGCAUCACGAGAAAAUCCAGCCAUGCAAGAGAAGAAGAGAUCAAGCCUUUGGCAGUUGUAAGUACUGAAACGCAAUCAGAUGCUGGUAUUAUGCACAAAAGCCUUUUUUGUUUCUUUACUGUGCAAGGAACCAAUAACAACAAACCUAUUUUCUCUUUGCCAUCUAGAAUGCCAACUGGGUAAGACUGACCUUAAAGACAGAUUGUAAGAUGCAUCUUGCAAUGUUGGUUAUGCACUUGGCCAAGAAACAUAACUGCCUUAAUCUAAUUGUGGCAUUAAAAAAAAGAAACCAGAAUUCUGACACAAGAGUGCAGAGUUUUGUUAGCAGCUGUUCUAUGAAUAUGAAAGUAAACUGAAGUUUGGGUAGCUUUUGGUGUGGUUUGCAUAUAAUUUCAAGUACCCCAGAACUUGGUGUGAGAAUUUGUGAAGUGCUAAUUUAUGUUCCUUGUUCUAAACAUAAUUACUGAAGCCAAAUGUGAGAGAGUACUAAAAUUGUGAGAGAUUAAUUAUUGUGUGAUUAAAUAUUAAAAUCUUGUGGAUCCCAGAAGUUAUUUUAUUUAAUACUUUUUUGCGGUUUAAGAUUUAAUAGAAAUCUUUGGGCUCCUGUCUAAAUAGUAGUGAAUCUGCAGGACUUGGCUGUGAGGGUGCUGGAUUCUUGUGGGAUUGUGUUUCUUUUACCUUUAUUGUAGUUCAUAUUCUGAACUGAAACCAAUCUUGUCCAUCCCUGCCUUUUGCUGUGGGGAAACAGAAUAGUACAUUGAAGUUAUGGAUCCUCUAGAUCUGGACUCAUAGUCUGGUAGUCUAGUAAACUUGUACUCUGUGGCAUACGCAUGAUAUACACAAAGAUAUUUAGGUUAUAGGAAAUGCUUUGGGCAAACCACCUGCAAUCCUUACAGCAAUCUUGUAGGCUAUGCCAGAUUUAUCUCCCUGUUAUAAAUAAUGGUGAGAUGGAGGCAGCAUCCUGCCUAAGGAACAUUUACCAAGCUCCGUGAUGAGUUGUGUGACUUACAGAGCAAAGCUCAUGCUUUUAAUCACUAUGGCACAUCAACUCAGAUAAUGAUCAAACUGCUUGUGUGCCUGUAAGUUUUGGGGAAACUGUGCAGUUUAUCAAUGCUUCAGAGCCUGAAUUACUGAGUGGUGUUGCCUAUGGUGGCCUUAACUAUCUCGGGUCUAGAAAUUUGCUAUACAGAUAGAGAAGCAUUUCAGAUUUUCAGGUGCAGGAGUCCAACCCACCCUGGGACCUCAGGAUGAAGGGCAGGCAAUAAAAAGAUGGAAAUAAAAGUAAAUACGUGAAAAUAAAAAUAGAAGCCAGCAUUACUUUUUUUUUUGCACCAGCCCUGUAUGUAUAUAGAAAGCUGUUUUUAACACCACAUUUUCAGACACCAGAGCAUUUUCUAGCCCCUGGGUAAAUACCAAGUCUUUAUCUUCAUUCUUGGCUUGGAUGUGCAUGGAAUAGUUAUUAUGAGUGUUGCAAGCGUAAUGCUGCUGUUCUGAUGGUGUGAGCUGUGUGGGACAGUUAAUGGCUGCUGUGUUUGGGCCCAUUCCUUUCUUACUACGUUUCCUUACUCAUUGCUGUACAUUUGAAGCCAGUUUGGCUUUUGGGUGUGUCUGUGUACUCACAUGCUUCUACUUUUUUUUUUUGUGGUCUCCAGUUUUAGCAGACUAUUCAGCUCAUCAGGCAAUACUGCUAAGAAACCAGAACCACCAGUUAAUGUUAAGUACAAUGCUCCAACCUCCCACAUUACUCCAUCAGUCAAGAAAAGAAGCAGCACUUUAUCCCAGUUACCCAGUGACAAAUCAAAAGCCUUCGAUUUCCUCAGUGAAGAGUAAGACUUGCUUUGCUUAUACAGACUAAAAGUAUGUCAGCAGUAUAGAAUUAUUUGAAUUUAUCAGCAAUGCCAGCAUGUAUUGUAGUAGAAAUAUCAAAACCCAGGGUUUAGGUUGAGCAAACCUUGAAGUAUUGGAAUAACAGGUGGCAGCUGUUGGAUUUUUAUGGACAAAAAGAAGACUGUGUGCAUAAAUGUGGUAGCCUCUGUUGCAUAACAAUUACAACAAUUUAUUCAACUUAUUAUAUUAUUAUGCUUGGGGGCUGCAUAACUAGUUAGCCUGCCAUGCCAGAAUCUUGCUUGUUCUCAGAAAUAACCUCGCCUAUAUUUAUCUAGUUAUCUGGUCCAAUACCCUUGUCCCUUUAUGAUACUUCUGUGUAAAAUAACCCAUGAUAUCCAUACAGCACACACUAAUGUGGCAUGUUGCCUUUGGGGAUGGGUAUACCUUAAGUAUAAUGCCCUUUACUGCCUUACUUGAACUAAUUUAACAUGUGCUUAAAAUCCCUCAGUGCCUUUCAGCACCGACUUUCAUUUCCUCAACAGUGUUUCCAUUCACAGUGCUCAGUUUGAAUGUUUUGCCCAGGUAGAGCUUUUGUUAACUGUGUUUGCAAAGUUAGCAUGAAUCAGAGGACGUAGGCCCAGAAACGCAUGUCACCGGUGCUCUGAUGUAUCUGUGGCUGGCUCCUCCUGGCACAGUGAAAGGUGCUAUAAUCUAUGCAGCUCUAAAUGGUUUAGGACCAGAGUAGUUCAGGGACAGUUUCCUCCCAUGGUACCCCAUUAGGAACCCCAUGAUCUUAUUAGACCAAAUGAGCCAAGAGAGAACUGAACUGGGACAUUUGAAAAGUUUGCCAGGAUAUGCACAACCUCCUAACAACUUUUGAAACCGCAAAAAAGUAGCCCAGCUUAGUUUCAACAAAUAUUUCCGCAAGCAAAAGGAUGUGGUUGUGGGGUGAACUGGGGGGCAGGAAAGGGCUGUUUUCCUCUCCCAUCAUAAAACUACACCGAAAAAUACCAGCCAGUUCUAUACUAACUGAAGCCUCCAUACAGUUUUGGGAGGCACCUUCAUGUAGAAAACAUUAUAGUAGUCUAUCCUUUAGAUAACAGAAGUCUGAAUCAGCAUUGCCAAGUCCUCAUCAAAUAAAAGUGUUGCUGUCCUCUCUUCAGAGAUUGGUGGAAGGCAUCCUGGGUUUCCAGGUGUAACCAGAAGCCUCUUAAGGCUGUUAAUGUGAGAGAUGAAGGGGUGGAAUGGAAAAUCCUCUCCAUGAUUAGAAUUCCCAAAUCCUCAGGUCAUAUGGCCUGAUUGUUACAUUAGAGAACCCCCCUUGGGUGGAAUGCAGAAUAUGGGUAAUUUAAAAAGACCUUCAAAUUACAGCUUUCCACCAUACCAGUUUGGUCGCAGCGUUAGACGUUGCUUCCCCCUCUUCAUCCAAAUAUGUUACCAGAUGCAGACUUCAGCAGCAGGUCGUGUCAGAGAGCCAUGCUGCCCUAAAAACCUUAGAAGCAUUGUGCUGACAGUUUCUCACUGAGAGAAAAAAGCAAGUACCUUGAAGGAAGUAGGGUGUCCGGGGAGCAAUACAGAUUUCACUUGCGUAUUAACUUUGAAGAACCUCUUCUGCCACCCCCUACAUAACUUUGAAAGGUUUUAUUUGGGCUAAUGGGGAUUGGAAGGUAUAGAGGAACUUGGAAUUAAAAAAAAAAGUGUCCUUCCCUUUUGCCAAGGUCUGAGGCCAGUCUUGCCUCACGUAGAGAGCAGAAGAGAGAACAGUACCGCCAAGUGAAAGCCCAUGUUCAGAAGGAAGACGGUAGAGUGCAAGCUUUUGGUUGGAGCCUUCCUCAGAAAUAUAAACAGGUAUUGUGUUAUCAACUGUUCAUCCCUGUUCAUGUGUUUUAGUUUGGGGAUAUUGUGGUGGCAGGUCACCAAAGGCAUUUUCAUUUUCAGCAAGGUGGGAAACCUGUAACCCUCCAGAUUCCAUCAACCUCAGCCAAAACAUGGAGCUAUUUAAAUACCUGUGCAGAGAUUAUAAUGCCUACAAAUUGCCAUAUGGAAUUAUUAUUAUUAAUUAAAUUUCUAUGCCAUACUUCAUUUGAGGAUCACAGGACAGUUUACAGUAUAAAAACGCAAAAAUGCAUACUAUAGAAAGGAAGAAAAACAAUACACACAAACACACACACACCAGUUUUAAAGGCCAUAGAUUGUUUAAUUAGCCAAGGCCUGGGAGAAGAGGAAUGUUUUUGCCUGAUGCCUAAAUACAUGUAAUGAAGGCACCACACAAGAAUAAUACCCUGACAAAGCUAAAUCACAAUUGACAAUUAAAAACAGCAAAUUUGGGGCACUUUAAAGACUAGCAACUUUAUUGUGGCACAAGCUUUUGCGGGUGACAACAAUGUUAAGAGUGGUCAUUCAUAAAAAUUAAAAAGAUGAUAAAAACACAGGCAUCCUGGUAUUGGUAAACCAAGUAACAAAUGUAGAGUGAUAAAAAUCAUUUAUCUCCACAAGUUGAUAGCGUUGAACCUCUCAUCAGUUUCACAUUGCAGUCUUCCUUUAAAACCAAGUAUUAUAUAAAGCCACCUUACAGCUUCACAGAAAACUAAAGCAUCCUUGAAAGGUUUAGAAAGGAUUUUAAAAGCCUAGCAAAAUGAAGGCAGGAUUAACAUAGUGCAGGUAUGGGACUGAGCAAAGCAGUUUAGCUCUGCAUUUUGAAAUUACAGGGCUGCUGCUGAAAGGAGACCUAAAACAAGGGAACUCUAAGCAGGGUCCCAUCUGAACUCAGGAACCUGCAUGUUGCACAAAGGAUUUCUGGUUAAUAGUUGAAGGCAAUUCCUUUGUGGUAAUCACAAAGCGUUGGUGAUCUGUGGAGCUAUCAUGUUUACUUGUAAAACAUGUAAAACAUGAAACUUUCUUAAUCCUUCUUAUUAAAAGGCAGAAUUUUCCCAUUUAAACACAAAUGCUGCUGUUCAGAAAGAACAACUAGCAAUAAAAGGUCACUGAGCUGUGGGAAGAGUGGGGUGGCUUUGUGUUCAAACCUCUUUGUAAUGGAAUGUUGUUACUGCACAUUUUUCUGAAGUUUGAGAACAUGUGUGCUACCUUGCAUAUUUUUAUGGGAAAUGUUUCAAGGUCUUAAACCAUGGGUAGGCAAACUAAGGCCUGGGGGCCGGAUCCGGCCCAAUCACCUUCUAAAUCCGGCCUGCGGACGGUCCAGGAAUCAGCAUGUUUUUAUAUGAGUAGAAUGUGACCUUUUAUUUAAAAUGCAUCUCUGGGUUAUUUGUGGGGCCUGCCUGGUGUUUUUACAUGAGUAGAAUGUGUGCUUUAUUUAAAAUGCAUCUCUGGGUUAUUUGUGGGGCAUAAGAAUUAGUUCAUUCCCCCCCCCAAAAAAAUAUAGUCCACCCCCACAAGGUCUGAGGGGCAGUGGACUGGCCCCCUGCUGAAAAAGUUUGCUGACCCCUGUCUUAAACUAUGAUCUGCAUAGAUAAGUAUAGCUUUAACCCCAUCCCAUUCUUUGUGCAUAAGGCUUUGUUUAUUUUACACUCCUCCCCCCCCCUUUUUAUAUUAGCUGCUGAGAAGUGCCUCUUAGCUAAUCUGGCAAGAUAGACUUUUAAAAUUACAAUACUGCCCCCCUCUGGCUUUGAUCUCACUAGUGUAUGACUUUAAAAUGAGUGGAUCUAUGAUUGUUCUUCCCAGACAGUCUAAUAUUCUGGUCAUCUUGCCAAACCUAUCAAAUUCUGAUAUGGGCUUGUGACAAGCUGGUCUGUAAGAUGCCAGAAACGUUUUGAAGCAAAGUAAAUAUUUCUUUCUCACUUUUUAGGUUGUAAAUGGUGGUGGCCAGGGUGAUAACAAAAUGAAGAACUUACCUGUGCCUGUUUACCUAAGGCCACUCGAUGAAAAGGAUACAUCCAUGAAGGUACACCUGUCUUCCUUUUUCUCCAGUUCCCUCUUUUCAAAUAAAGAAUGCACCAGUAGUGAUUUUCAGAUGAGGCCUAAUUCUGCACGAGCAAGUUAUAUGCUUGUUAGGUUCUGAGCAACGCCUAGUUUAAUUUAAAUUCUAGGUGCUUAAUAAAUCCUUUUGAGAAACUCUGGUUUUUAAAUAUUGUCAUAUUGUUAUUUCCCUAAAAGCAUAAUGUAUGAUAGGGUGCAACAAAUGUUUGCUGUCUUUUUACGUCUUAUAAAAAGAAAUGAUAACCAGGUUUUCCCAGUGGGUUUUUAUAAAGUUCACUUGUUGUUUUGUAGCUUUGGUGUGCUGUAGGAGUUAAUUUAUCAGGAGGGAAGACAAGAGAUGGCGGUUCAGUGGUUGGUGCCAGUGUGUUCUACAAUGAUGUGACGACUCUAGAUGCAGAGAGCAACAAACAGAGGAGCGCAUCACAGAGUAGCUUGGAUAGAUUAGAUCAAGAACUCAAGGUAAGGUCAGAGGUAUUAUCAAAAUGUGAAACUCUUUGCAAAUCUAUUAACAUUUCAAGAAAAUAGAAAACUUCAAUAUUGUGUUCAUAAUUCAAUAAUUACGGCAUGAUUGGUUCAAAAACAUUUUGGUGCCUGCUCAUGAACAAGAACCAGUGUUUGCUUGCUAGUUCACUAAUCUUCAUUAGACCCCAGAUUUCCAUGGAAAAUAAUUCAUUUGCUUUUACAUUUGCAUUUUGUAUUGUAUCCAUCCAUCUAGGUCUAGGUUCCACUAGUUGCUUCUUGGUUCCAAAGUUUUUAUAGAGGCCAGGUGGAGCAUUUGGAGAAGACAAAAAAAUCUAGUUCCACAAGACCAACAUGUUUAUGGCGUGACAGAAAACUUGCCUGUUUGGUUUAGUUCAUGAAAGUGUAUUUUGCAUAGCUAUGAAAAUAAUGUGGGGGAGUUUGUGUGUAAAACUACCUGCAACACUGGUAUUUAGUAAUUCUGGUUGCUUAUUCGUCUGCAUUUGUAGAAAAUGCACGUAGGAAUUCAUAAUGUGAUUCUCUCCCACCCCCCACCAAAUAAAAAUGAGGUUGAACUAGUAAACUCUAAAAUGACACUGUGACCCAGUUGGCUAAGCCCACUGAUGGCUUCAGACGAUCAGGCAAACAUGAGGGUUUCCUAGCAGAGAAUAUUGUGGCUGUAGUGCUCCUCCCACCAUCCUGCUGGUGCCUUGCUUCCCAGGGCUAAACCAGGGAGGAGGAGGAGGAGUUUGGAUUUGAUAUCCUGCUUUAUCACUACCCAAAGGAGUCUCAAAGCGGCUAACAUUCUCCUUUCCCUUCCUUCCCCACAACAAACACUCUGUGAGGUGAGUGAGGCUGAGAGACUUCAGAGAAGUGUGACUGGCCCAAGGUCACCCAGCAGCUGCAUGUGGAGGAGCGGAGACGCAAACCCGGUUCCCCAGAUUACGAGACUACCGCUCUUAACCACUACACCACACUGGGAUUGUUUUGAUCAUUGCAAGGCUAGUUGUCUCACUUCAGACAAACUACAAACUGUAACCGAGGCUUGUUCUUGGUUGUGGGCAGUUUGUUUGAUGGAAAGCAGUUGUCAGCCUGGGUUUGGACAUAACCUUGGCAGGAUCAUGGCAUAGCUCUGGCUAGCGCAGUAGAACCAGGGGAAGAGUUCAGUAGUCUUAAUCUUCUUUCUGGGAAUCCCACACCUUUGCUCAUUCACACUAAUACAUGGUUUAGGUGAGUGUUAUAUGCAAACUAGGCCUGCAUAUUGUGUAAUGUUUACAUUGGUUGGUACUGGUUUCUGCCUACACAGGACCAGCAGAAAGAGCUGAGAAACCAGGAAGAAUUGUCAAGCCUUGUGUGGAUCUGUACUAGCACCCACUCUGCUACAAAAGUCAUCAUUGUAGAUGCUAACCAGCCAGGAAACAUCCUCGACAGUUUCAUUGUUUGUAAUUCUCAUGUGCUUUGUAUAGCUAGCGUACCAGGUAAGAGACUCAGGUGAGGGGGGCAAUUACUUGAGUUAACGUGGGUUUGCUUCUGUCUGUUUUGGAACUGCUGUUAAAAUUCAGCUGGGCAGUAAGCCUUUUUCAGGUAGUCAUAAUGUGUGUAAAUUGGCCAGUAAUCUUCAAGUCAAUUCAGCUUUUGCUAUGGAUUGUUACUGAACAACCUGAUUUGUUCAAAAUGUGGCUAAGCCAUGAUUUGUUUCACUUCCAACUUUUUUUGUACAUCCAUACCCACUUUUUUUGUACAUCAGACAAAACAAACUGCAACGACUUCGCAAUAAUCUGUAAGGUUAAGCCUGGUUUCUUUAACCAACUAUAGUUAAACAAAUGUGCAUUACCUGCAAGCACAACCAAGGAGUAACUUGCUAUGUAAAGUGUGAAAGCCCUCCGUUUAAUGUCUGAGGGUAGACUAUAACAUAGUGCUAAGUCCUGUGUUCUGUCAGCACCAGAAUUUCUGCUUGUGCAAUGGAGCAUUCUCCCCUAUCCCCCUAAACCAGUUUUAGGCUUCACCCAACCCUCAGGAGCAGAUUUGGAGAGGGUGUGGGGGAGGAGGGGGGACGUCUGGUUGCGUAAGUGGAAAUCCUUAUAGCAUAGCUUAAUAAUAAUAAUAAUAAUAAUAAUAAUAAUUGUACCCCACCCUCCCCAGCUGGGCUCCGAGCAGCUAACAUCAUAUAAAUAAUACAAUAUGCAUAAAAAUAAUCAAUCAAUCUUGCCCUGUAUUUUUAAAAGAAGCUAAUAAUUGCUGCUAUAGGGUAGACAAAUAUAUACUUAAUUUACAUUAUUUAGUUUAGAGCUAUUACAUUGUGUUAUAUACAGAGUCUUUUAUCUGUACCUGUGUCUGAAGCCCUAACUCCAUUAAAGCAGUGCUGUAAAUUCUUCCUAAGAAGCUUAUAUGAAAAGGUUUUAGUCAUGUCAUCGCUGCACCAACAAUUAAAACCUUUGCUGUCAGAAAUGCUUCUUUGUUUUGGCUGUUCAAAACAAGUAGAAUCCUAGUAACUAGACAAGUUCAACAAGUAUGUUUUAGGAACUCUCCCUUUUAUUUCUGAACACUAAGAAUUAAUUGCUUUGUUUGUACCUUUUACAUCAUAGCAACCAUACAUAUAACAAUUCCCUCUUCUUAAUGCCUGUUUUCAAAUCUACUUCUGACUCGUUCUUAUAUUUCACUGAAAUCUGGUGGGUAAGCUAUGUGAUGGCAUGCAUUAGCUUUGAUAGAUUUUGUGUUAUGAUACACACGAUAGCAAAUUGCACAUAUUUUAUGAAAAUCACCAACCCGCAAAGGGUACUGAAAAGUUAACUAUCCAAGGUACUGAAUGAAACCUUACAUUUUUGUUUCAGGAGCCCGCGAAACUGACUAUCCUACAGGAGAAGAAGGGUCACAAGAACUGGACUCUGGUCUGGUGGACAAAUCAUCCUUGUCUGGCAGUAUGAAUAGCAACAGCUCAGCAGAAACAGACAGUCUUUUAGGAGGAAUCACAGUAGUUGGUUGUACAGCAGAGGGUAUUACAGGCCCUUCUGCUGCCCACAGUGCCAAUGGUGCCUCCCCCGAGACAAAUAAACAGCCAGGUAUGAAAACAUUCACAAUUUUUAUUCAAAAUGUAGUUUGUUGCAGCAUGGAAAAUUGUUGAGUUAUCGCAUUUUAAAAUGGGAGCAAAAACUUUCAGAUCUCCUUGCAGGGAGGAAAGAUGGUUUACCAGAGGGAGAGUGACCAAGCGUGAAGCUCUUUCACAUAAUGCUUUUAUCGUAUAGUUUAGUGUUGCAUCCAAACAUGGCCUGUUUGUCCGAAGGAGAAGCCUUGCACUUCUUCUAAGUGAUAAUCACAGGGUUAAUUAUAAUUGAGCUUCUUCACACCUCCAUCUAUCCAUCCAUCCAGGGGAUGUAAAAGUAUAUAAUUAGUAGCAGACAACAUGCUUGUAGUCCAUUUGAGUUUAUUAAUGCAACAUGCUGAUUUGUUACAGAAGAAAGUGUGUUCUUUGUAGCAGGGAUGGAGUAUACAUAAUACAAUGAUGCCGCUUAGCAAACAGACUUGACACAGACUAAUUCUGCCUCUUGACCGUUCUAUAUACAGUGAGGGGGGAAAGUAUUUGAUCCCCUGCUAAGUUUGCCCAUUUGCCCUCUGAUGAAGAAAUGACCAGUCCAUAAUUUUAAUGGUAGGUUUAUUGUAGCUGUGAGAGACAGAAUAACAACAAAAAAGCCCCAGAAACCCAAAACGUCAGAGAUUGAUCUGCAUUAUGAUGAGUGAAAUAAGUAUUAGAUCCCCUAUCAACCAGCCAGAUGUCACUGUACAUCACCUUAUCUUCUCAGUUUAGAUAUGUCUCUCCUGCAUAAAAAAACAAAAAGGAACGUAGAAAGAAUCAAAGGAGUGACUCAUUAGGGCACACAUUUUCAUGCAUGCUUUCUUGUAGUAAGGAACUGAGUGACCUAUAACUGAAAAAUGUACCUUAGACGUUUCAGCUGAGAAUGAUGCAGUGGACGAGAACAUUCAGACGGCAGAGGAAGCGACCGAGGCGACAGAAGUCAAUGCUGACUCAGGAGAAGAAGCUGCAGAUAUUGCACAAACUGGAGUCUACACAGAACAUGUCUUCACAGAUCCUUUGGGAGUUCAGGAUACCGUAGAGGGUUCUCCAGCAUUUCAGCCUAGGUAUGCCCCCCUUUGCACGAACAGAAAAGGAGUAGUAAAGGCAGAAAGAGAUUAUACUGCAUUUCUAAUGACAAAUGUGUUAACAUCUUGUGGUACUGAGCUCCCAAAUUUAAAUUGGAAUUGCUAGAAUGUGCAGACUAAGUAAAAGAGUAUUGAAACAAGCCUAGUGUACUUUGAACAACCUUUUCAUAUUUUAACCAUUUGACUUUCCCCUUCCUCUCAGCAACGAGUCAGAUUUGUAUAAGGAUGUUGCUGUAUUGCCAAAUGAGCAGGAUCUCGUGAGAGAAGAAGCACAGAAAAUGAGCAGCCUUUUGCCAACAAUGUGGCUUGGAGCCCAGAAUGGAUGGUAAACCAAGAACCUCAAUUCCAAACUAUUUCACUAAUAGAAAUGUGUCUAGUGAUCAGUUCAGUUUUUUCCUUUUCUGAGACUGGUAAAUAAUCUCUCUUUUUUUUUAAAAAAAAAAUGAAACCUCAACCUUGAAAUUUGCUCUGAAUUACAGAUUCAGGUGAGAUUUUUAAACAAUUAACACCGAUGAUUGACUAAGCCCCAAUUAAUCUUGUCACCCAGUCAUCUGCAUAUUCAGUCAGUGAUGUGAGACCCAGCCAAGUAACUUAAAGCUGACACUUGAAAGUGGGAGGUUAGAUAAGAGGUUCUGCUGUUACAGUAUUGCACCUUUGUUUUAAUAAGUAAAGUUUUAUAGCCCACCCUUAAGCAAGAGUACUGUUGGGUCAGCUAACAAUAAUAAUAAUAAAAAACAAUACAGUCAUACCUCAUGUUACAUUUGCUUCAGGUUGAACGUUUUCAGGUUGCAUCCUGCGGCGACCCAGAAGUACCGGAAAGGGUUACUUCCGGGUUUCGCCGCUCGCGCAUGCACAGACGCACAAAAUAACGUCAUGCGCACGCACAGAAGUGGCGAUUCACGACACACGUAGAUGUAGGUUGCAUUCUGCUCAUGUUGAGAAUGGGCCUCUGGAAUGGAUCCUGUUCGCACCAGAGGUACCACUGUAGUUAUACAGAAGAUUUAAAAGCAGAGCAGCAGCUAAAACCAAUUUCUGGUAAAAGAAGGCAGGGGGAACUUAAAAAACAGUCCUCCACUCUAUGAUUUACAUUUCUGUCCCACCAUUCCCCCCAAAGGAGUCCAGUGAACCUGCCUAAGGAGAGCAUUCAGUAAAUUAGAGCACCACUGUCAGAAAGGCGAUUUUCUUGGGUUGCUACCUGCAUAACUUUUGACAGGAAGCACUCGGAGAAGGGCCCCCGGCAACAGUCUUAAAGCAUGGUGGAUAUUUACUGUUGCCUGUCUCAUCCCUGCCUCCCUCCAAAAGCCCAGGAAAGAAGGCUUUGCUGCAAGCCUAAUUGCAACAGGGAUAGGAUGGUUUUGGAGGUUAGCUCUCCCCUAGCUAGCUGUGAUACACACCCCUGCCGCCACCCCCUGUUGAAAAUGUCCCUGCCACAAGUAGACUUGAAAUAAACCUUCUUCUUGGCACUUUGUCCCAUUCCCUGCUGCAGUUAGAUUCGGAAAUUGAUUCCAAUUAAAGGCUUUGUUCAAGUCUAAUUGUAGUGUGAGAGGGAAUGAAUGUAAGAGGGAGGGAGGGUUGGAGAGAGAGAUCUUUCAGGAAGAUCGCACCACUUCCAUCCUGUUAGGCAUGAAAAAAGCUAAAGCAUUUUUGUCCAGCCCUAAUUGCUGAUGGCAGGGGCUAAUGCGCAUGUGGUGCCCACAACAAUUUAUCAAGUUCCCAAAUGUGCCCGCUAUGUCAAAAGGGUUUGUGGCCUCAGUAAAGGUCUUUAAAGGUAAGCACUAGCAUUUUGAAUUAAAUGAUCCAUUAGCUACUGACAGCAAGUUUAGAUUCCUGAAAAGGGCACCAGCAAAGCUGAACAGAAUUAAGCUACUGAAAUAACCUAAUUCAGGCUGGGCAAAGCAAUAUUGUUUAAGCCAACUUGUGAUUUAUUUACUUUUAAGCUAACAGCUAUAAACAAUACUGCCAUUUUUAAAUGCUAAUAUGGAUUUUGGAAUAUUGGAUUUUUAAUUAAUCUGACUUUAUCGUUGCAGCUUAUAUGUUCAUUCUUCAGUGGCUCAGUGGAGAAAAUGUGUUCAUGCAAUUAAACUUAAAGAUUCUAUACUCAGUAUAGUGUAAGUUUCUAUAAAAUUAAUUUUCCCCCCAUAAUGAUAUUCACAUUUCUGUAGUUUAAAAUGGAGUUAGCCGAGUAGAAAAUAAUUACACUAAAAAUAGCUUCUGUGAAAUGCUAGUUCAGAAAAGUUUUGGGUUUUUUUGGAGGGGGGUUUGAAGAAGAGAAUGGCACGUUGGGAAUUGUCAGCAAGAAAAUAGAAAGUGAUGUAUUUGUUGGCAAUCAUAAAGCUGUCAUUGAUGAUCCUUCAAGGAAUGUUUGUAGCUGGGAUGUCACACCCACUGAAAGCUAGGAGGGAAAAGUGUGCAAGCAAAUUUUCCCACAGUCUUUAAGUAAUAUUGCUGGUUUAGCAGGACAGUCUAUGAGCAGACAUAGAUUCACAAAAAUCUAUCUUCCCACAUCACAAGCAUGAAAUGUUGCUGUGGGAGUCCCCCCCCCCAAAAAAAAAUUACUGAUACCUGUUCCAGGGUAUGUCCUGUGUGAUCCUACAUUGCAUGAGCAUGUGGUUUGGUUUUUGUUUGUUUGUUGAUCUCCUUCAGUGGUUUGUACCAUAGUGUAAGCUUGGGGAGGAAGGUGCUUUUGUAGUGGCCAAGCGUAUUGUCUUAUAAAAUAGGAAACUCAGUAAAUCUUCUCCUGCUCUGAAAUAGUUUACUGAGGUUCUUUGGGGCUUGGUUAAGAGAUAAAACAAUUGCUUAAAAGACCAUGAAUAAAUUUGAUACAGUAUUAUUACCAUGUCUUUGUAUGCUAAUUAUGAUAACAAUUUCAGUUGAGUCUCAUUUAUAUGUGAAGUUUAGACAGAUGGCAUGCACUGAUCGCCUGUUAGGGGUGGGAGAGGGUGCCAACAUAGGAUGUGUUUGCUUUUGUGUGUAGUGUUGACAGGGCUUUUAAUGAGCACAACAAUCAAUUACUAUGGUCAGAGUUUCCUCAUAAUAUACAUUUUGCCUUUCUUUCUUUUCUAGACACGUAAAAGGAAUAGUAUUAGUUGCACUAGCAGAUGGAACUUUAGCAAUAUUUCACAGAGGAGUAGGUAAGCUUUCUAUUUAUACACCCUAGAACUGUCACAUAUUUAUAUGUCUGGUCUGCUUCUAAAAUGUGGAUACAUUGCAGACCUUUACAGAUCAUCUGCUCAGUGGGAAAUCUUGUAAUUCUUGGGAUAAUAUUGACCAAAAAAUGAAGUCCUCCAUUAUUAUUACUACUAUUACUACUACUACUACAGUGGUGCCUCGCAAGACGAAAAGAAUCCAUUCUGGGAGUCUCUUCGCCUAGCGGUUUUUUCGUCUUGCGAAGCAAGCCCAUUGACGGGAUUAGCGGAUUAGCGCUAUUAGCGCUAUUAGCGGCUUUAGCGGCUUUAGCGGCUUUUAGCAGCUUAUCAGCUUAUCAGAUAAGCAGAUAAGCGGCUUAGCGACUUAGAAAAAGGAGGGGGGAAAGGAAAAAAUAUAGCCCAGGAACUCGCAAGACAUUUUCGUCUUGCGAAGCAAGCCCAUUGCAGAUUCGUUUUGCGAGGCACCUCCAAAACGGAAAACUCUUUCGUCUAGCGAGUUUUCCGUCUUGCGAGGCAUUCGUCUUGCGGGGCACCACUGUAUUACUAUUACCACCACCAUCAUCAUCAUCAUCACCAUCAAUUUAUUUAUUUCUACCCCACCCUUUUCUCUGAUGGGACUCAAUGUAGCUUUAUUCCAUCUCCAAGUAGUAUAAAGAGUCAUCAAGAAUGUUGACUUCCCUCUCUCUUCCCUGGAGAGCCAGUGUGGUGUAGUGGUUAAGAGCGGUGGACUCGUAAUCUGGGGAACCGGGUUUGCGUCUCCGCUGCUCCACAUGCAGCUGCUGGGUGACCUUGGACCAGUCACACUUCUUUGAAGUCUCUCAGCCCCACUCACCUCACAGAGUGUUUGUUGUGGGGGAGGAAGGGAAAGGAGAAUGUUAGCCGCUUUGAGACUCCUGAAGGGGAGUGAAAGGCGGGAUAUCAAAUCCAAACUCCUCUUCUUCUUCUUCCCAUUCAUCUCUGUUCCCCUUAAAAUAUGCGGCUUCAUUGCGGGCUUCUUACUUGCAGUCCUUUGGGUAGCCUGGUGCUGUUUUCACUGCUGUCCUGUGCAUGAGCAAUGGAUGGGUAGAGGCUCAUUUGCCUGUGUGUAGCAUCCUUUUAGGAACUGAUGCGCCGUAGAGCAUGUUGAGGAUACCUAAAUGUGAAGGUAUCUCUUUUGCUUGUUUGUGUUCAAAUAGAUCUGAACUAUUGCCUUAUGUACAAGUCAGUGUGUCAUGAUUUCUAAACAUCCACUUUCUGUGGGUGGUAUUGCUGUUUUGGGUUUAUUUUGCCUAUCAGAGCACUUGAAUGCCUAUAAAGAAUACGCCACAUAACUUAAAUGAGUAUUCCUUGAAUGUAAGGCAUGGGUGUCUGGGCAUUUAUUCUUUGUCACCCUUCCUGCGUUUGGUGCUACCCAGAUGUUUUUGCGCUACAACUUCUAUCUGCCACAGUCAGCAUGGCUAGCGGUCAGAAUUGAAGGAAGUUGUGACCUGAAACAUCUUAAGGGCAGGUUGACAGAGGCUUCUUUAUGCCAUUAUGGAUUUUAUCUGUUCCCUAUAAAGUUAUGGAUUUGAAUAAUGGAAAAUAAGUGAAUAGAAAUGUAGUAGUAUACAUAUUUUAGUCAUGUACACAAAUUAACAUUUGCAGACAAGGUUUGCUCAUCCCCUUAAUAAUUUCUUCUUCCUCUUCUUCUUCUUCUUCUUCAGAUGGGCAAUGGGACUUGACAAACUAUCACCUUCUAGAUUUGGGCCGACCUCACCAUUCAAUCCGGUGUAUGACUGUGGUACACGAUAAAGUCUGGUGCGGCUACAGAAACAAAAUUUAUGUGGUUCAGCCAAAAGCCAUGAAAAUAGAGGCAAGUUAAAGCAGCCAUUUAAAAUUGGUGAAUAAUCAGGGAGAACUCAUUUAGAAGAAAGGAGGUUAAGUAGGAAAUGAGAUUAUAUGGCAUAAAGAGAACAUCUAUGAAGGCCAAGCAAGCAGGAUCAUAAGUUAUACAUGACCAUAAAUAUGUGAAAAAUCACUGUCAGAAAAUAGCCAUUAGUAAAUAUUGCUAAUUCAGUAGAUUUACCUUUGAUCCAUUGGAGGAAAUCACAGGGGGCUCACAGGAUCAAUUUUUUUUAAAAAAAGCAGAUUUUAGAGCACUGAUGCAUACUAAACAAAAGAGCCAUUGCUGAUCCUCUCUUAACAGUGUUACUGAGAGAGGGGGGGAAAGAUGUGAUCUUAUUUUAUCUUAGUAAUGUGUAAACUGGAGGCAUUGGAGAAUUAUUUUAUUAUGCAUUCCUUAAUUAAACUAUAAUUCAUUUCAGAAAUCGUUUGAUGCACACCCAAGGAAGGAGAGCCAAGUGAGACAGCUGGCCUGGGUGGGAGAUGGAGUGUGGGUAUCAAUCCGUUUAGAUUCCACACUCCGCCUUUAUCAUGCUCACACUUACCAGCAUCUACAAGAUGUUGACAUCGAACCCUAUGUAAGCAAAAUGCUAGGUAAGUCAUUGGCCUGAAUUGGACAAGUCACCUUCUUGUACAAAUGAAAAGACAUGGAUGAAUAAUGUUGCUGCCUGAACACCCUACAAAUUACUGCAUAGUGAUGGCAUGUAGUUCUAGUUGCACUACAAAUAGUAGUAAGGUCUUGUGUGUAAUUUCCUCUAAGGAAAACGUGAGGUGUGAGGCCUUCAAGGGCAUAACGGGGAGGCACUAAGAAGACCAUUGACUACAGUGUCAACAGAGUUUAAGGUCCCUUAUUUUGUCCUUCGAAAUGAGAAAACAGUCUCCUUGGGAAAAGAGAAGAAUAGGAAAUGUUAGGCGCAAUUUUUCAUGGGGCAAAAUAAGUUGAACUUUACUAUACAGUGGUACCUCGGGUUAAUUAUUUAAUUCGUUCCGGAGGUCUGUUCUUAACUUGAAACUGUUCUUAACCUGAAGCACCACUUUAGCUAAUGGGGCUUCCCGCUGCCGCCAUGCCACCGGAGCACAAUUUCUGUUCUCAUCCUGAAGCAAAGUUCUUAAUCCGAGGUAAUAUUUCUGGGUUAGCGGAGUCUGUAACCUGAAGCGUAUGUAACCUGAAGCGUAUGUAACCAGAGGUACCACUGUACUUUCAACUUUGGGAGUUUUGCUCUUCAUAUCUUUAUUUCAAUCUUUAAAAGCUCCAGCUAGCUCAGUAUUGUUGACGCUGGCUGCAGCUCUCCAGUUUUUCAGUGAAGUUCUUUUCCCAUCACCACUUGGAGAUGUGGGGAUUGAACCUGAGAUAUUUUGCAUGCAGAGCAUUGUAUCUGCCAUCAAAUUACAUGGGGACGGCCAUGGAGCUAAGGAACUGUUUGGAGAUUUAAAGAACCCCAGUCAUUCAAAGAACAAAGAGUUUCCAGAACUUCUCUUUUUGUUUGUUUAUAAAACAUGGAGUAAAGUUAGGUUUAAAAUGGGACAUUUCCUGCAGAUAUGUAUCUUUUGGUUUCUAAUGAGUGCUGCUGUGUUUGUUUCAGGUACUGGAAAACUGGGAUUUUCAUUUGUGAGAAUCACAGCUCUCAUGGUGUCCUGCAAUCGGUUGUGGGUUGGGACAGGCAACGGCGUCAUUAUCUCCAUUCCAUUAACAGAAAGUAAGUGCGAUAAGAAAAGUAGAUUAAACAAGAAUGCCACUAUUUCAGACCAGAUAAACUCUUGUGCUGGCCCGUGUUUGGUGUUCUCCAGCAACUCUGGUAAAUUUUCUGAUUUCAGUCUGGUCCGAUUCUGUAGUUUUCACAGGGAUUCUCAGGGACUGGCAGCUUCAUAUACUAAAACAACAGCAAACCUUCUCAGAGAUUUGAUGGUACUCCUCUGUAUUUACAAAUGCAAGCAGAUGGAGGUGGGCACACUAGAUGUAAUGCUAAGUAAGUCCUUGGAAAACACAUCAGUUUUCUAAUUUAAUAGCAAAUGAGGGGCUUAUCUAACAACUUUGUGCCUCGUCAUCUUCCCACUGCGUCAGCCACUUCUCCCUCUUCAAUAGACCCCACCCAACUGUAAUGCUGCUGCUUUCAUCCUUCUGCCCUGUUUGCUUUGGAAUUCCUGAUAGAUUCUGCAGGUGAUGACUUUCUCUUCUCUGGCUGCCACAAUCCCAGCCCCUAGCUAGAAAAACAGACAUAGAGAGGGAGCUGCUUCUGUUCCGAGCUUGUAAAUGCUAGGGACAACUAGAUUCAAUUUCUAACUAUUUUCUGGAUCUGCCUAAAAUGUACACGCGAUUAAGGAAACUGUUAUAAAAUACUAUUUUGUUUAAUACCCAGCCCACUUCAUUCCAUAAAUCCUUGCCCCAAACCUCUCUGCUUGGGGCUUCCAUUUUUGAAUACUUAUUUAAUCAUGUUUAAAUAACUACAGAUUUUUCUCUCACUAUGCUGAAAAUGCACACUUUUCUAGUAUAAUAUGGGUGUAAUGCUGGGGUGGACUGUUGUGGGUUGUCACAGUAUAUUUUGCUAAUGAUGAAUUCUUUCAUAUCAGUUGCUUUGAACACCACAUGCAUUGUUUUCCAUGCUGUACCAUUACAUUGAUCAUCCAUUAAAUGUCCGGUUUUGCAUUGCAAUUAUGUGCAUUCAAUUAAAAACAACUACUUUGAAUUGUAACAGUUUUUUAAAUAGUGAAAAUGCUCCCGAAAAUCAGCUACAUUCACCUUAGGCAAUUUUGUUAUAAAAUUCAGUUAACUUUUUUUAGAGGAUAGAAAAGAGGAAUUGGUGUUUUUUUAUAUAUAUGCUUCUAGGACUAAAUAGGCAAGAAUAUGUAGAGAUUCCUGAGCUGGACAGAUAUCCUUACCACCACCAGUUGUUUUAGCAACAGGUGCUCCCUAUAAGGUGUUCUAACGAUUGUGACGAUAAUGUUUGUGACAUUAUCCUUACCACCUAGACACAUCAGUGGAGCUUCAGAGGAAUAGGUAAGUAUGGGGGUGGUGGAGGAAAAAAAAUGUCGGGUGACAGCUACCCACCCCUUACCUAAGAAAAUGUCCACUGCUUUGUUGGCACACAAACUAAAAUGUGAGAAACAGAGCUGGUGGAUCUUUUUUUCUUCCCCCCUUUCCUGGAGGAGGAGAUGGCAGUCUUAUUCCUGUCAAAUUUGAUGGUGUCUGUUCUUGAAGAAAAGAGAGAAAGGGGAAACGCAAUUUGCCAAUAUGUCAGAAUAUUAAAGUUGCCGCUACUUCCUUUCGCCACUGAAGCUGAAAGAAAGAUGUUCAUUUAUCUUCUUCUGAUUGUACCUUCUUGUAGUUAGGAGCUUAAUAUAUAAAGCUCUUAUCAAAUACCAGAACGCAAGUGGUGGGUUCUCAUUAAUCCUUCUCCUCUGCUGUCACACCUAUCCAUUUUCCCCUUUCCUCCUUUCUUACUUUAGCUGUAAUCCUCCACCAGGGACGUUUACUGGGGCUGAGGGGUAAGUGCUGAUCCCAAACAAAAAACAGUUCUGUUUUCUCAGGCUUCUCUAAUAGCCACUCUGAGGCUGUUUCCCAUUUCUCUAAAAUUUACCCCCCCCCCUUUGUAUGUUCCUAAACCGUUUUUCCACUUGAGGUUACCUGCAUUGCAGUUUUUUAUGUUUGCUAAAUGACCACCAAACCCGCUGAGCAGUUUAGUGUCUUCAUCUUUUGUUGCAGCUGAACUUUUCAAGCCGGCUUCUUGUUUUUCUUCCAGCACCAUUUGUAAUAUCAUAACCUUAUAAGUGUCAUUAAUCCACAUCAUAUUUCUCUUCUUACAAAUCACAUUUCUUUCCCUCUUCUGAUACUGUUACGAGUGGAGAUAGUUUUGUGUGUCUAGCAUGCAAAAUCACUUUGUGGAAUUGAAACUAAGGACUUAAAAUACGCCCCCAUUCGUUGCCUCUCUCUCCUUCCCAACUCUUGGCUUUAAGAGAUCUAAGAAUCAUGGUUGCCAAGAAAUAUUUUCUUUAAAAGGAGAGUUCUGUGGCAGUUUAAAGGCAGGCUAAAUUUAUUGGGGCAAAAGCCUUUGUGGACAUGUCCAUUGAAGCCAAUGUCACAAUAAAUGUGUUUGUUUUUAAGGUGCCAAAGAACUUUGGGGUGUUGGUUACAGCAGACUAACAAGACUAUCCUCUGGAAUUCCCUUCUUGAGCGUCAUUUACCUAUGUUAGAAGUCUAUAUUUCACUGAUAAGCCCAGUCCGUGGAUCCCCUGUGGAAAAAUCUGACAUGCAUACCUUUUGUGAAUAUAGGUUUUGUUUUGCAAAAAACGUACAAUUUAUGCUAGACUAGCAAACUACUCCCUUUCUUCCCUGAGGUAUUUCAAAUAACUAAGCAUGCUGUCUUAUUCCUUUCCAGCUCUGUCUUGAAACGGCAUCUUCUUACCCUUUUGUUUCAUUUAUCUAAGUUGGCUUUAGCUUCUAGACUGGUAACCGUGCGGUUUCGUGAUGAAACCAAACUUUGCCAUAUUUGCAGCUGUCCCUUUCAAGUGGGAAACAUUUCCUUUCUCUCUCCCUAGCUAACAAAGCAGCAGCAGGUUCUGGCAACCGUCCAGGCAGCGUAAUACGUGUAUAUGGCGAUGAAAACAGUGAUAAAGUGACACCUGGGACCUUUAUACCUUAUUGCUCAAUGGCGCACGCACAGCUUUGUUUCCAUGGGCAUCGUGAUGCUGUUAAAUUCUUCGUUGCAGUACCUGGUAAGUUUUGUGUGGGACUCCUCCAUUCAUGUCAGGGAACUGCCAUCGGAGCUAGAGGCGGAGGGAAGGCUCCAAAGGGAUGCAGGAGAGGGUCCCAGUAGGGAGAGAGGCAGCCCAUCUGCUGGGGAAGGAAAUCAGCGUAACACCAGUGGAGAAGGGGGGCAGGUGGGGAAUCGGGAGGAGGCUCCGAGACUCUUCGCUGGAGACCUGCGGAGAUAGUACGGUUACUCCGCUGCCCACACCUCCCUGCGCAGAAGACUUCCGCGCAGGGAGAGUAGGAGGAGACUUGGCGUCAAACAACUUUUAUGCUGGAAAAGGUUUAAGAAACUCCCACUGACGGAUUCUGCCAGCGACUGAGACAGUCACGAUGCUGGAGGCUGUUCAGUCAGAAAGGGUUAACCAGGUAACCUAGCCAGGAGUGGCGGCAACUUACGCACGAGCAACCCCUAAACCCAUUACAAUUCAGUUUUCACGUUGUUGUUUUUUUACAGUUAACGUGCUGAGUGUGACAGUCAUGGAUGAUAUUCCACAUGGUGCUAGCAGAUAAAACGUAGCUCUCCCUUCUGCUCCUCCCUCUUGCAGCUCCCCAUGACACUCUUAAUCUGUUCCAGAGGAACUUCCAAACAUCUGGAGCAGGUUUUGGCAUGGGGGGGGGUAGAAAGGAAGGGGAAGUCUCAUUGCGGACAAUGAAAGUCUGUUGUGCAAACGGGCUGGUGAAUGGAUGGAAAGACCAGCAAGGAGAUGAUUACCAGAGUCUCGACAAGAACUGACUAGAGCUUUGUUGGCAAGCUUUUCAGUUCCAUCAUCUCAUGCAGGAGGAAAAAGUAUAGUUAGUUGCUUCAACAAAAGAGCCAGACUGCUGAAGCAAUUGUACCAGCAAGGUGCAAUUCAAAGGCCUCGUUGAAUCCCAGCCACCAAUACUACCCUCAAGUGUUGUUAAUAUUCAGGGAAAGAGAUACCAACUUUGCUGCAUCUCUCAGUUUUCACAAGAAUGCCAUAGUUUUAAUUUUAAGCAGGUUACCUAUACAGUGUGAGCGUUAAGCAAUGUGUCCCUACUCAUAAAUAUUUAUUUAUGAAAGGCACUUAAUAAGUAGCAUAUCUAAGCGGAGCGCAUAAAAAUAAACCAUACAGAGAGUAAAACAAUUAAAAGUCGUCAUAAAACUGAAUGCUACCUUAAUUUUUGCUGUCCCAAUGUUUACAAUUUCUUUUCAUGCGUCGUGAGAGAUGACAAUAGUUUAGCAAAGAUGUUUAAGAUUAUCUAGGCAAGAAGGUCAGACACACUUAGUAGUGAAGCAGGGAGUGACAGUCAUUAAGGUUUUUUUGUAAUACAACGAGAAGGGUUUUUCUUUUUGUUUGUGGGGGGAUGGGGACGGACGACUGUUUGUCAGCAUCUGCUUAAUGACUUCAGGAAACUUGUUUGUCAAACUACAGUACUCCAUAAAUCAUAAUGUUGUUGAUGCUUUCCCCCCCAACAUUAGGUCAGGUUAUUUGUCCACAGACAGGAGGAGGCCCAGAGCCACCCAGUGAUAAAUCUGCCGUAUCCGCGCAAGAAUCCAACAGCCAGGCUCCCUUAAAAUCCAUGUUGGUGAUAAGUGGAGGAGAAGGGUACAUUGACUUCAGGAUGGGUAAGACCCUUUCAUUAACUUAGAACAAUUCAGUAAAAUGCUAGAAGAUACGAUCACUUCUUUCCACCCAUCCCCCCUGAACUAUAAGUAGAUUUGAGGAUGGUUUGAUUUCAGAAGGUUUCCCAAAACUCCCUAAACAAUAUUUCUAUAUUGUUGAUGAACUUGUAUCAGUGACAAUUUAGACAGGCUGGAUUAUCCAUAGCAAUGGAUUGGAAAUGAAAAAUCUUCCGGCCUGAUGGGCUGUCAAAUAUCCUCAACAAGCGGCAGGUACUACUCACCUCAUCUCUGGCUGUGUCUCAAAUUGCAACCAGUUCACAGUGUCCCAUAAAACUCCAUGGAAGCCAUUGAUAACUAUUCCCAUCACUGUGCCUCCCCUGUUUUCCACUUAAUCCCACUCUGGGUUCCUAGUUUUGAUAGCAAUGCGGCGAUGAAGGUAUGAACCUGAUGCACCUUUCCAUAGUUUAUAGCUAGUAAACCCUUUUUUAAAAAAAUCCCAUUUAUUCAAGCCUGUGAUUAUCAGAACAUUUGAUUUCCCCCUCCCUCUUUCAUAAAACAGAUUGUACUGAAUUAUACAAAUUAUUCCAAUUUUGUUCCUAGUAAUUCUGGCAUAGGGACGCGGGUGGUACUGUGGGUUAAACCACAGAGUCUAGGACUUGCCGAUCAGAAGGUCGGAGGUUCGAAUCCCUUUGACGGGGUGAGCUCCCGUUGCUCGGUCCCUGCUCCUGCCAACCUAGCAGUUCGAAAGCAUGUUAAAGUGUAAGUAGAUAAAUAGGUACCACUCUGGCAGGAAGGCAAACGGCAUUUCCGUGUGUUGCUCUGGUUCGCCAGAAGCGGCUUAGUCAUGCUGGCCACAUGACCCAGAAGCUGUACGCCAGCUCCCUCGGCCAAGAGAGUGAGACGAGCGCCGCAACCCCAGAGUCGGCCACGAUGGACCUAAUGGUCAGGGGUCCCUUUACCUUUACCUUUACUUUUACCUAAUUCUGGUAUGCUGCUUCUUCCAGAAGCCCUUGUUACAGAUUACUGCCAGGAGACUACAAAUGAGUUUAGAUUUUUCUCUGUCACUGUUUUAUGCUGGUUUUCACAUAUGUGUUAUUUGUUUAUUUUUGGGAGCCGCUUUGAGUUGCUUCUCAAAUGUGUCUAGCAAGUUUAAUAAAUCGGUUUUGCUUCCAAGUGAGACCGGGUUGCGCUUGGGCUACCAGGUCCCACCCCCGCCUCAGCACGGUGCAGGGUAGCAUCCCACGUCACACUGAGGGUGUCCCAGCCACGCUAUUUGCCAGGCGACCAAUCAGGACGCUGUGGGGGCAUGGCCGGGGCCAAUUUAAACCACGGCGCGACUCUGGAAUCAUGUGUAAGGGUAUUCCGUUAAAGGAAUCCAGGGGUGUGGAUCUUGCCUGAAGCCCGGGGAGGGGCUAGGGCCAUGCCAUGACCCCAGCAGGAACCCAGGGGGGCUCGAGUUGACCCACAUCGGCGGGGCUCUCCCUACUGGUGAUUUACCCUUCCAGACUUCCUGCAAGGUGGGCAGGAGUUAGAUAUAGUCUGUAGAUGCAAUGCCCAAGUCAAUACCGCUCACAUUCUGUAACCAAUAAAGUUGUGGCCUAAAUUUUGCCCAUUAAGACUAACCUAAAUUCUGUGUCCUUGUGUCUUUAUUCUCCUGGGGGUGGCUUGGGGGUCUUGAAGUGCAAAUAAUAAUGAGAAGAGAAACCCAUUUGUGUUAGGGGCAGGCUACUGUUGUAUUCUUUAAGAGCUCUCUGGUUCUUAAACUUUAGCAGUACCAUUGCAGACAUGGCGGGCAGCAGAUGGCAAUGGGUUAUAUGUGUGCUAUUAUGUGCAUACAUACAUAACCUGCAACAUGGUGUAUUUUAGUAAUAUUUCUGUUUUCAUUGAGUUCAGGCGACAGCUGUUUUUCCUUUGGACUCAAAUUUCUAGUGGGCUACUGCAGCCUUUCUUUGUAUCCCCUGGAAUCACCUGUUCACAUAAAAUGUUCUGCCUUCCUUCCCAGGUGAUGAAGUUGGUGAAUCAGAAAUCCUUGGAGAGGCACUACAACUAGAGCCUUCUGUAGCCAAAGCUGAGAGGAGCCACCUGAUAGUGUGGCAGGUUAUGUGCGGCAGUGAAUAAGCCCCUCCCUCGGAAAGCGGCUUGAGACUGCAAAAGCUUUUGCACGUCUUUUGUUUUCAUUUUGUUUCUGUGGAACCUGUUUCACUACAUUUGAGCGUUUCUUUGCCAUUUGACUUUAUAUCACAUACCUCUCAAACCUUAACAAUACAAGAAAUUUGCUUGUGCUGUUUUACUGCAUCAGUGUUACGUAGCGAGAACAAAUUGGUUUCCCCAGACAAAUGCUGUACAGUAAUUAGGUCUCCCAAAUGCCCCACUGCAAUAGAAUUCAGUUUAUUUUAUGGUGUCACUUUUACAACAAAUUUAGUCGAAGCAUCUUGAAUUCAUCUGCACAUUUGAGUAAAACAGCAAAGUUAUUUCCGGUGUACUGUUUCAAAAAUAUCAGAUGAAUUAUAUCCAAGUGUCAUUCUGUGCAUUCGGUGAGGAUUAAAACAAGAUGUAAGUUCUUUAUUUUUUCACUUCUAAAUCCUCCCAAGCUUGUUUGCCCUGAUGUAUUGAAUGUGCUUUGCUCAUAUCAAGAUCCAUGGGCUGAUAACAUAAAGUUUCUUGUUUAAUUGCCAGUAGCACUAAAGAUGAAAAGUACUGCCCUUAAUAAUGAGAAUUGUGGUAUUUUAUGGGGAGAAUCCUUUCCUAGUUUCCCUGUGUACUUGGGACGUAAUCAAGCUGUUCCCAUCUUGAUUAAUCUCAAAGGACAUUCUUAGAAUUAUUUGCAGCCUGAUUGUAUGUUCCUUGGGCAGAGGAUAGGUCACCUUUGCACACCUAUCAUCUUGGAUCCCAGCUGGUCAGGUUCAUGAUACGUGACGUAAACAGACUCAAACAGGGAGCAAAUUAGCUGAGAGCUUUUAACUACUCAAGUGAAAAAUCACCCCUAAAUUGGUUCCAGAUGCAUUGUUGUUCAUAAUCCAUUUAACUAUGUAUGUGAAAUUGUAUGCAGAGAGUUGCCGAUCACUUGCAAUGGUGUGGUCACUUACAUUAAUGGGACAGAAUCACUGUAAAUGGUCUGGGAGUCUACCCCCGAGUCCGAGGAAACAAAAAUAACUCCAUCCAUCUCAUUCUGUUUUACUACAAGCUUUGGAAAGCGUGAUCUCCUUUGCUACAGAUUUCCCCAAUUGAAUGCUAUCCUUUUAAUUCAUUAAAAGGUGUAGCAGCUUCCUAAUAUUUCAUUUCUUGGAAAGUAUGAAUUAAAAUAUUAAUGUUCAUCUGGUACCUGCCAAGAGACUGUGGCUAUUCCCAUUAGAUGGGAGCAGAUUUUAGUGACAGAAUGGAAGAAUUUCAAAAGCGUUUCAAAAAAAAAAAAAGGAACAGUCUUGAAAAACUGCCUAAACAUUUUUAUGCAAUAGGAGCAGUUUGUGAUCUGUCAAGGAAACAUGUAUUUAUAUAUAAUAUAUAUACACACACACACAUUAAUUUUUUUAAAAUCAUGUUAAGCUGAGAUCUAUUGUGUAAAUAUUUAUUUAGGCAGCUUUUUAAAAAAAGAAAUGAACGUCUUACCUGAUAAAAAAAAUUAGUAAAACAACAUUCAGGUCUAUUGGUUAUAGAUUUAUAUGUAUAAAUACUUUUUAAGCACCAUAUUUUGUACACAACAGAUAGGUUCUGGUAAGUAUGUAUUUAGACCAUGAAAUGUGUGGUUAAAAUUUAUUGAAUGUCUAAUAACUUUGGUAAUAGAAUUUUUUCCUCCAAUAUGCCAAAAGCGAUAAGUGAUCACAAUUUACUCAACAUUUUCAAAUGGCUAAACUGUGUUUAGAAAAUUUGAGAAAAAGAACCCUGAUCUAAAAACCUUAUGGAAGAUCCAGAAAAGCAUGUAGCUUUUUCUCUUCUUUGUUUUCCAGAAUGCUCUCACAUGCAUAAAUACACCACACUCAUUUGUGUUGCAAAUCCAAGCACUUAUCCAACACUGGAGAGAAUACAAUUCAAUUUGGAGAGGAUGUUCAGAGGGGGGAAAGGCCUUUUGCUGCAUGUGCCUAACUUGGCGCAGAGAACUGUAUCAAGACACACAUUUUGGCUUUUAUACUACCCACUCCUAGCUGUAUGUACACCAUGUAAUAUUGUGUGUCCAAAUGAAAAUGCUCACUAAUUCUUCACAGUUUCAUGAGCCCAUCAACUUUAAAUCCUGCACUCUUGUGGGCACCUCUAAUCCUUUCAUGGUAUGAUUUCUUGGAAAGUAUUCUCCAGAUCUUUUAUGGGUUGCUGAAUCGCUACAUUCACAUUCUUGGAAAAACAUACUUAUUUUCCAUUUUAGUGUGGUGCUUUCCUUAAAAAAAUUUUUUGAAAAAAAAUUAAUGAGCUAUUUCUCCGAAGUGCUUCACUGCUGUCAGACAAUAGAUGCACCUGGGUAGCAUUUUUAAUAGCUUGCCAGUUGUAGUGAGUAAACUGAGCCAUUCUGUUCUCAUUGAGUCAAGUGCUAUUCACAGCAGAGGAGUCAACGGUCCAGCAGAGACUUCAGCACUAUUUUUCAGUGCAAGUGAGAGAUUGGCACAUGUUCCCUUUCCCUUGUUCAAUUUUAAAUGUAUCCCUUGUCGUAAAGAAUAGCAGGUUUAGAUGGUGGGCGUCACCACCAUUCACAAAGAUUUAAACACUCCAUGUUCCAGCGCACUUUUUAAAUGAUAGGUGGUAAAGCUCGCUAAAUUUCAUGCAUCAAAUGAUUCCCUAAAAGAAUAAAUAAUCUGUUUUGAGAAUGUCUUAUGUAUCACGUACUCAUAGUUCCAAAAUCAGGAGUUGGAAUGAAUCUCUUGAUAGUUAACAGUUUGUUAAUAGUUUGAGAGAGCAUUUCAAGCACAAAAAUAUGCAGCACAUGAUUUGUCUGAAUAGAUGUGUCUUGCAUGGUAAAAGGUAAAAUGAAAUUUAUAUAUCCUGCCAUACUGUUCAUUUCUUUGUAAGGUCUUCCUGCGUUGGAUCAGUUAGAACUGGCAGAGUGUAGACACUUUAUCAUAGGCUGCCUUAGUAACUACAAAAUGUUUUUAUAAUCUUCUAAUAUGCUAACUGUUCUAAUGAACAUGGUGUCUUGAAGAUAAUGUGUAACUGAAUAUUUAUUUCCAUGUGAGUAUUAUGAAAGUUACCAAAGGACUGAAACUGACUUGGCACUCUUGCAGUUGACCCUGUGCAUAAAGGAUCUUAUAAAGAUCCUAAAUUUGUAAAAAUGACACAGAGUGGGAAAAAACACAUUUCUUUGUGGAUGCUAACUUUAUUUUCCUAACAGGGUUAUGCCAUAUUGUAACAACCUAUGUUGCACCUCAAAACUUUGUUCUAUCCACUAAAUAUUUUUCCUUCCCUCUAACAAUUUCUUUGCUGCACAUUUCUCAAUCUUUUAAACAUGUUUUAACACAUUUUAUGGUCUUUAAUUUUUCUGAAAAUGUUGUCUAGACACUUUAUGCUGAAUUUUAAUUGCCUCUGUAACCUUGAGAUGGAUACUGCAGCAUUAAAAUUGCUGUCUGUUUAAAACUUGAGGCUUCUUUCUGUGAGCCAGAAAGCUCAUAUAGCAGUGAAGUUAUUUCAGUAUUUAUUAUUGAAUCCUUGGGGGUUCAGAAUGUAACUUUGUACAUGAAAUAUAUAUAAAUAUGUAUAUGAAACGCA